ACUGGGCUAAGGGGACUGUCCCCUGCUGCUGAGUGCUGUUAGUCCAAAUGGCAGACUGGGAGCUUAAAAGAUUGUUGCAGGUGCUGACACAAUUCAACAAAACAGGAACUGAAGUAUACAACCUUCAAGCUGGUUGGUACCUCUUCCCUCCUUGCUGUACUUCCCCUCUGCCUCUGGUCGGGCACUAAAUCAGCUAGACAGGAAACCACCAUCUAAAUGUAGCCUUCAGGCAGAGAACAAGCAGAUAACCAAGAGGAAUAUGAAGAUGUGAGAAGAGAGGGGCAUUUGCAGCAAACGAAGUUGAUGCUGAAAGCGGCAGAUGACACAGGUGAACCUACAAUUGUAUUUUUAAAAAGCAUGUUAAUUUCAUGAGGUGCCUGUUCUUGUUGUAACGUUAUGCACUGAAUGUUCUUGUAGCAUUUUGCACCACAGCAGGGCCAGCUGUACUGUGGCACCCCCAUAGUUAGCCUGCUGCCGUCAAUUGCGGUGGAGGCCAUUGCCAUCGUUGAAAUAGUAUUCAGCUGUCCUGUUGACUUAUGUACCUGGAACAGUGAGGGCACUACCAUGUCCUUUGCCUCAGGCAGAAAAUGACUUGAGCCAGCCCUGCACUACAGCAAACAGAGGUGCUUUAUUUUCUUUUCAAAGCUACUUAUGAUCAUAUAUAUCCUAUUGUCUUUUGAUUGUGGCAACACAACCAACACACUGUGUAUGCAUGUGUUUCAUUGCGCAGUACUAGCACAUGCGAACACCCAGGCCCUGCAAUUCUCAAGCAUCACCACGGAUGAGCAAAAGGCGGUGUGUGGUGAAAUCGAGGUGGGCUGUCACUUCAUGCAUGCCAUCAACACAUCCAGUGGAUCAGGACAGCAUUUCCUGUGCAGCCACCACACAUGUAUGAAUCAGCCCUAAGGAAAGGGCAAGAAGUAACGCUUAAAGGAAUUUCUCCCCUCCCUGCUCUCUGGUCGUAAGUGACGCUGAAUUUCCUGUCCCAGACCACCGGUCCCGGAUAAAGUCGGAGGGCACAGGAUGAAACACCCUCGCUGAAGCUUAGCCGAUCUGGGAACCUGACGGUGCCUGUCCUGGAGGCUUCCUGGAAGUCCUUUGCAUGCUGGUUUGAGGAUUGUGGAAGAAAGGUAGGAUAUAAAAAACGUUGCACCGGCAGAGCGUUUUGGGGGCAACUCGUUUCCGGUGGGAGCAGCGCGCAUGGGCAACACGUGAGGCCAAGAGGGCUUCACUUUUAACUCGACAUGUGUGACGGCUACACAGCAAAAUAAAAUGAAAUAAAAUAAAAAUAGUUGGAUCGUACAUCCUAGGCCCCUCUGUGCUUUAUGUCAGCAUUUGUAAACGGAUCCCACGCUAAGCAUUCGCGCAUUUAUUUGUUUUUCCAAAAAAACCCCUGUGAAGUGUCGUAUUACCCUCGCUUUGGGAUUAUUAUCUUCCUUGCUGCUGCAGUCUUCUUUAGGUUGCACAAGGAGUUUUUAAAGUGCCCGGGCAAGAAGCUCCGCCUCCGGGCUAUGUGGCUCCGGCAGCCUCGCAGCCCGAGCGCGCGAUGCUGCCGUCCCCUCUCCUCCGCCCUGCGGAGCCGAGGGAGCAGUUGAGCCGCGUUUUCCGAUCCAGAAAGGCAGCGAAGGGGGGGAGCAGUCUCUGCUUAGGCUUCCAGCAGCCUAAGCACAAGCCACUCCUAGCGGGGAGAAGCCGAGGAGCCCCGGCGGCGGAAGAAGCGGAGCGCAACCGGGAAGGAGGAGGUAAAGUGGCAACGGAGCCGAGGGGCGCCCUCGAUCGUCAGCCGGGCUGCGUGCUCGGCAGCCCCAGAGACCGGCGCUAUCGCUGCGCGCCUGGCUCAACCCACCGGGCAAGGCGGGCAGAAAGGAAUUGCCGUGCGCCUCGGGUGCCAAGGCACAACGGAUAGGUCUAAACGCGGGUGUUCGUGGCAAGCAGCCGCGGCUCAGCUUUGGAACGCGAGAGCCAAUGGCAAAGCCCGGGGUCCCUCUGAGCAUGUACAGAGUGCGCGGCUGGCCUGUUCUCUUCUUCCUCCCUCCGCGGCCAGUCUUAACUAGGCCCUCUUUGCGUAUGCGCUGAGCCGUGGGCGCUAAAGGUAGAGGAUGCGGGAAACGGCUUUGAGAAGCGACCUUACGCAUGGGACAAGGAGCUCAAAGGAGAGGGAAGCCCCUGCGGUCGGAGCUUUAGGUAGGAGGGAGCCGCUUGCAGCUUAAAACUUUGAUCUGGGAGGGGGUCCCCGCCCCCCUUGCUUUCCAAGGCAGCAGAGACUAACCAGGAGAUAAUAGGGCGCGGGUGUCCCCCAUUAAAAGUGUGGUGGAAUCUUAGCCCCUGGGGGCUCGGGAAAGGUACCCAUCACAAUGGGGACGGGUAGGACUCCGGGCUGAUAGUUGAUGGGCGGGGCAAGGGUAGCCGUAGAAGCGCCCCAAAAAAGUGCGUGAUCUGCGAGCUGCGCCCCAGCAUUCUCUGCGACCUCGCAAGGGAUCCUCUUGGAUCCUGCGGUGUGGAUGAUUGAGGGCUUGGAGCCUUGGACCAUCCCUGUUGGUUGGAUUUCGGGCUCGGCUUUCUAGACCACGUGCCUAGGGAAUGGGAGGGGUUCUUUGAGCGCUCCAGCUGGCUUGAGUAUGUUGUGUAAGAUGACGUCUUUGUAUCGCCUUACUUUUUACGACUGGUAGAAAGGGCUCGGUUCCUCCUCCUUUCAGUCCCGAAGUAAUACGAAGAGUGCGAGUCUGCAUUGGCGGUGGUGGAGAAUGGGGACUUUGCGCAUCUCCUGUUAGUAGCGAGGCUGUUAAUUCACACUGUGGCUUUCAAACUGACAUAAAUCUUACAUUUUUCUUUAAUUCUACAAAUUAGCACUUGCCUCCAGCAAAUUAACCCUUGCCAACAUCUUGCUAUUCAGGCAAAUGGUAUUAACUGCAUCUCCACACCUGAAAGUUGUCAGCUGAAUUUCUGCCUAUCCUGCACCUGCAAUCUUACUGACAACCCUGUGACCAAGUUCAUUGAUCCUCAAUUUGGAGACAAGGAGUAUAAUUUUAAAUUUUCCCAACAAUGAGAGAAGAUGCAACUAUUGGGCUUCCCGCCCUAUUCCUUCAUUGAGCCUUGUGACCAUCCGAAACCAAGACCUCCCACCCCUCUUGUCCCAUUGCAGGUGCCUUAUGUUUAAUAAAACUAGGGCACAUCAAAAUUUGUGCAGGUAAUGUGCAUGUGCUAUCUGCAUCCUUUAGUACCUACGUGUGCUUGGCAGGCUUGAUAACCACUGCAGCACCUUGACUAACAGAGUUUACACUUCCUGGUUCUCAUGCUUACUUCCUCCUUGGCUUAGGCAAUUUUAAUUGCUGAAACGAAGUUAAACUUAUCUUCUAUCUACUAGGCGCUUUGCUGAAAACAGGAAAUGUUGCUCUCCUAGGUGUUGGAAGGUGAAGGGGAGAAGGACCAUAAAAUUUCUUUCUGUGUUGUAUACCUACUUGUAGCUGGUUAGGGAUGCGUGACUAUGAAAGGGAGAUUGGGGUGUAAGGCCUCCUAUAAGCCACCUCCACAGAAUAAGCAGAGAGAACUGCUUGUGUGUGUGCUGAUAAAGUGCAAUGCUGAAAUAUGAAUGCAAAUUGCGGAUGCCGCUGGCUCCCAAGUAAUAAUCCAUACUGGCCCCUUUCUUUUUUAGCAGCCAGGUGGCAUGUCUUUUGCUGCAGCAGAUGUGCAGACGACAAAAAGGGAUGGCUGUAGGGCUCUCUCUAGUUCUUACUCACACCACCUGUACCUCUAAUUGUUUAACUGUCACGGCAGCCUAAUUCUUUUGCAGGAAAAAAACAAUUAAGUGCAACUCCUUGCUGACUCGAAAGGAAAAUAGUUUGUCUGUUGAGUCCUUGAUGUAGUUUGUUACAAUGCAGAGUGUAGCACAGUUCCCUGGGGAGGCAUGUUGUACAAGCCUGUCCCAUGUUGCUGGCUUUUUCAUUAAGGACAGAAUGAGCAUUAGAGUGGUCUUGGGGAUCUUUCACAGCAGAAGUAAACAGCAUGUGAAAAGUGUCUUCUUGGAGGAGAGCAAAAAUCCAAAAGUUUGGUUCCAGAUCUAGACUUCCAGGAUUUCAGUCGUUGAGCUUACUCAAUUAAGUUGUAGGUUGUUCUUUAGUUGAAACAGCAGCACUAGAAACUUUUGGUGGGUUCUGAACUCUAGAUGUUGUUCUUUCUGUUCUUACACUGAAAGCUUGCUACAUUUUUUGUAAGUAUUUUUCUUUUGUGUUUAUAUUAUAACUGAAUGCACUUCAUUCCCACACAAUAAAUAAAAUAGGAAGGAAGGUGGUGUGUGUGUGUGUGUGUGUGUGUGUGCUCACAUGUCGCCCUAAACAAGGUGGCUUGUUUUAAACAACCCAUAGUUAAUGUUAACCUCAGUUUGUCAAUUUGGACAAAAUGGCAAACUGAUGUUUUUGAAUUACUCCUGACUGUGCAGGAGCAGGGGGGAAGCAUGCAAACACAAAUCAUGCUGUAGCUAGUUCAAGUUUGUGCAUGUCACACUGAACUAUGGUUUAGCACAGGCUUCCUCAACCUCGGCCCUCCAGAUGUUGUGCGACUACAUUCCCCAUCAUUCCUGACCACUGGUCCUGCUAGCUCAUGGGCGUUGUAGGCCAAAAACAUCUGGAGGGCCGAUGUUGAGGAAGCCUGGUUUAGCAUGAUGGUUUGUGUCCAUCAGUUCUAUUGUGACCAGACUGGCUCGCUAAAUGAACUGGGAGGGAAACCCAGCAAAAGUUCAACAUUUUUGUCAGUUAUUAUCUGGCAGGAAAUAUGAGGAAAAGCCUAAAAGUUCAGAAAGUAUGAGGGGUAGAUGAGGAAAGUUCAGAAUGUUCUGUUUGUUUCCCUCCAGCUCAUGCCCUUUUAACUGUUGCAAGUCUCAUGCAAAGCAUGAUUGCAUAAGCAGUAAGUAUCCUAAGCCUGCCCUACUGGAUAAUCUGUGACAUACAGACCAACCUGCUCCUCCAGAAACUACUACCCUUCUUCUUGUGACUUCAUUAUUCUGAAAGACUUUAUUCUUCAGCACUAUACAAAUCCAAUGUGCAGGGCUUAUCCAGGCUUUUUUUUUUUUAAGUGACAAGUAACUUGCAGUGAAGCCCUGCCAUUUCUGCAACUGCUUUCCAAUGUGUGUGCAAAAGCAUCCUUUUGUUACCUAUAUAUCCAAUGUUUUCUGCAGCAUCAACACAUUCUCCCUGGCUAUUCUCCCUCCACACUUAUCAGCACAUACUGUCCCAUUGAUAAUGCUAAAAGGCUUUACAUUUCACAUUAUGGCUAAAUUAAGUUGGUGUGGUGCUUUCACUGGUUGCAUGGGAAAUCCUUAAAGAUCUUAAGUUUUGCUUUCAUCCAGCAUGUGCUUAUUGCAGCUUUGCCCUCCAGAUGUUUGGAGCUACUGCUCCCACCAACCCCAGCUGAAAUCGCUGCGCUGGUUUAGGCUGAUCAGAGUUGUAGUCCAAAACAUCUGGAGCCUGCCUUAUUGCAUCUGCAUUAAGUUGUCAUAUUAUGUCGGUUGACUUUCUUGGUGUGAUCUAGACAUUGGCAUUCAUAUAUCUGACUGCGUAUCAUUGAUGGAAUGGGGUGAACACCACUAGUGUUAUUGAGUCGUGUGUGUACACUAUGUUGGCAUCUGUCUGCUGUCUUGAGGGACAAUGGAGUGCUCUAGCAAAAAGCUAGAGAAUCACAGCGCCUGCUGUGGCUGCAGAGAAUGGGAACUUGUAACUGCUGCCUCUUGCCUUGUUUUUGUUGCGUUAGCAGAGCUGAAGUGACCUUUCUGAGGCCUCUUAUGGGGCACCAGUGCAGUACCAGGUGUGAAGAGAUGGAGAAUGUAUGAUUCUGUGGUCCUUGGAAAUUACACAAAUGCAGUGUCCCCCUCUCCUGGUAUAUUCUUUGCUAUUGCUAGGUUGAUACCCAUUGCAGUCACCGGGGAAGAGUGCUGGGGAUGUGAACACUUUUUUUGAAAACUUAAAAUAAGGACAUUGCUGCAGGGGCUUGCUGCAAGGUUAUGGGGACCAUUUGCUUUAUAUUUCAAUGUUUGUAACAAUUCAUAAAGUGGUAUGGGCACGGGAGGAAGGGUUGUGUUGCUGUUCACUAAUUAUGACAAAAAAUAUCUAAUGGGCACCAAUUAAUAUAUGUGGAGCCACACUACAUUAUACUUGGUGUAUUCAUGAAUAGCAUGAUUCCAGUCUGGGAAAGAAUGCAAUUUUCCUAAGUAUGAUUGGCUGAACAGAACACUAGGGAAACGUGAUAUUUGGAAUUGCAAUCUAGUGCAGAAUGUCCGAAGCAAAUGGUAGACAGGUGCAGUUUACAGUGCAAAGUCUCCGGCACCAUACUGUGCCACCUCUUCUGUUUUGCUUUCGUUGCCCAAGGAUUAAUAAUUAAUUAUGCCUUUUAGCACUCUUUUAAAUGUCUUCCUAGGUCAGACCAGAACACUUUGCAUUCAGAUUGCUCCUAGCACCUCAGGGUUUGUUCCAGUAAGGAAGUAACAUUGUACAAAGGGUCUUCCAACCAUUGUGAAAUGGUUACUCCUCAUGGUUGCAACUCCCCCCCCCAGCUUCCAUGCAAUAUUGUUGGCAUCAAAAUACCAGCCUGUAUUCCUCACCCUGCUUUUAACCUGGAUUUACCCUUGGGGAGGGGAUCCUAUAUGCUUUUUAAAAACACCCAAACAACCCAAUAGCAGAAGAAUAUGUUUACUGUGUUAUGGCCCCCCUCCUGUCCCAAAGCACCCUAAUUCUCCUUCACCUCACUGUCACAUGGGUGUUUUGACUUCUCUUAUGGCCAGAUCUUGUGAAAUUGUCAAUUGAAAGCCUGCUGAUUGCUAUGAUUCAUGAUGAUGUCCUUGGUCUAGAGUCAGUGGUCAGUCUUCCAUCAUUCCCUCCUACUGCUCACCAGAGAAGUGUAUUGUCUGUGAUGGUUACAAUCACCAACCAAGUAAUGCACAAGGGCUAUAGAUAAGGACUGCAGAACCUUGACAGUUGCUUUUUCUUCUAGCAGAUGUUAACAUUUCGGAAUGGGGAGAAAGUGCAAAAAGGAAAAUGCUUCCUUCAUCUAGCUGCACCUGCUUUCUUUAGACUGAGGACCUGAUUUUUAAUGUGCAAAAUCUACACUGCUUCAUAACGUGGGUAAACUAAAGAUGAAAUAUUUUGUAAUACAGUCCCAGAACAAGUUUGUAAUCUGUUAGAUGGGGAAUAAAGCUCAGGCAGGCUGGCAAACAAGUUUGGGUGGUGAAUUUCCGAGCGAUAACAGAGCGAAGGAUUUGGAUGUUUGUUUUUGCAAAACUGAAAUCAAGCUCUGGAUAGGUUUAGUGAAGAAAUGGUAGCUAAACUGAAGCUCAGUCUAGGCAAGACAGAGGUCCUGUUGGUGGUUUCUUCUGCCCUGGAAAGUGGUGUUCACCCCACUCCAGAGUGGGUUGCAUUCCCUCUUAAAUUAGGGGUGAGGAACCUGUGGUCCUCCAGAUGUUGAUGAAUGACAGCUCCUGUCCAUGUUGUCCAUGUUGUCUGGGGCUGCUGAAAGUUGGAGUCCAACAAUACUGCAAGGGCCAUAGGUUCUCUAUCCCCUGAUCUAGACUAUGGUUGCAGCAGCAAUCCUGGAGUGAGCAAUGGGUGCUAAACGGUUUUUUUUAGAGAUAUUUCUUUGCCCUCUGGAUUAUUCAACGCUUUAUGAUACUUCAUGAGCAUCAAAAGCAGUUCAUGAGCAGUUGAAGAAGGAGCAAAAAGGGUUUUCUUGUGUGUGUGUGUGUGUUUCUUUGUGGCUGAUUAGCUGCUCUCCCUGUGUAAAGGUCAGAGGGGGCAGGGUUUCUGUUGAGGCAGGUGAUUAGCUGUGGGAGGAGCUUAUCAGAGCUUGCAGGGCAGCAGUUGAAGAAGGAGCAAAAAGGGUUUUCUUGUGUGUGUGUGUUUCUUUGUGGCUGAUUAGCUGCUCUCUCUGUGCAAAGGUCAGAGGGGGCAGGGUUUCUGUUGAGGCAGGUGAUUAGCUGUGGGAGGAGCUUAUCAGAGCUUGCAGGGCAGCGGCACGUGCAGUUUGAUCCAUCUUUUAGAUUUAGGGGAGCUAGUCUCAAACGUUUGUUGGGGGAGACCUAGGGUUUUUUUGUGGGGGGAGUUAUUUGUCCUGUCUUCACGCUUUUUAUGAUGGAGAACCGCUGUAGCCACCCCCAACGACACGUUCUCAAGAUGGAGGGAGAGGGAACAGCUGCAGUCGCCUGCGGUUCCUGCGCAAUGUUUGCCAUCUUGCCAAAGGUUGCAGGCAGCUUUACCUGCAGCAAUUGCAUGUUGAUUGCCCUCUUAAAAGACAAAGUCCAGCAACUGGAGGAACGUGUAGCUACGCUCCAAAGAAUUAGAGAGCUGGAGCUCUUCUUGGAAGCAACAGAGCACACCGUCUCCACCAAGGAGGAGACAGGGGACUCCCUGAGAAGGAGGCUAGUUCACCAACACAGGAGCCAGAUAUAUGGAGAAACGUGACCCAAAGAAGUAGGAGGCCCAGGGUUCGCUCUGAUUGUUUAGACAUACACAAUCGCUUUGAGGUCCUCUCCCCUAGCAUGGAAGACGAAGAGCAGACUCCAUUUGAGGAUCUCCCUCAUUACAGUCGAUCAGGUAUAUGAAGACGAGCAGCAAAGUCAGUCCUCAGGGAAUGUGCAGGCGACCUUGGAACGGACAGCUCACGGAAGAACCCCGACCAAACCUAAGAGGAGGCGUGUAGUGGUGAUAGGGGAUUCCCUACUGAGGGGAACAGAAGCAGUGAUCUGUGGGGCUGACAAGAUGUCUCGGGAAGUGUGCUGUCUCCCCGGCGCUAAGAUCCAAGAUGUAACUGAACGACUGCAAGGAAUCAUAAAACCCACUGACAAAUACCCCUUCCUCUUGGUUCAUGUGGGAACCAAUGACACUGCAAGCAAUAGCCUCCAGAAGAUCAAAAGAGACUACGAGGCUCUGGGCAGGAAACUGAAGCAAUUAAAUGCACAAAUUGUCAUCUCAUCUGUCCUCCCAGUUGAACGACGUGGCCCAGGGAGAGAGGGAAAAAAUAGUGGAAGUGAACAGCUGGCUUCGCAAAUGGUGUAAACAGGAACGGUUUGGAUUCUUAGAUCACGGACUGCAGUUUCUUGAAGAUGGACUUCUGGCAAACGAUGGGCUGCACCUCACAACGGUUGGGAGAAAUGUUUUUGCCAAAAAUCUCAGAAACCUCAUCAGGAGGGCUUUAAACUGACUAAUGUGGGGGAGGGAGACAGUGCUCCUGAAGGUAGGAGUCUAUCAAUUGAUGAAGAGGAUCAUCCAAAUGUCAUAGACCAAAUGGAGCAAACAGCACGCAGACCUAGUGGUGGGAGGAAAAAAUCCUUAAAUAAGAGACACGGGGGAAUGAUUAAUGGACUUCAAUGUCUGUACACUAAUGCGCAAAGCAUGGGAAAUAAACAAGAUGAGCUUGAGCUCUUGGUACAGCAAACUAAAUCUGACAUAAUAGGCAUCACUGAAACCUGGUGGGAUAAGUCCCACGAUUGGAAUGUAAUAAUGGGGGGAUACAAUCUAUUUCAGAGAAACAGACCAGACAAGAAAGGAGGAGGAGUGGCGUUAUAUGUCAGGGAUGUGUAUACCUGUGAAGAGAUCCAAGAUUUAGAUCCCCAAAGCCAAAGUGAGAGCAUUUGGGUCAAAAUUAAGGGAGAGAAGAAUAACAGUGACCUCAUUGUGGGAGUUUACUAUAGAUCCCCAAGCCAAACGGAGGACAUAGAUGAUGCCUUCCUGGAACAGAUGGCCAAGCAUGCAAAAGGAAGGGAGAUAGUAGUAAUGGGGGACUUCAAUUACCCGGAUAUUUGUUGGAUGUCAAACUCAGCCAAGAGCAUAAGGUCAAACAGAUUCCUCACUGGCCUUGCAGACAACUUCAUUGUCCAGAAAGUGGGAGAAGCAACAAGAGGAACAGCCAUUUUAGAUCUGGUCCUAACCAAUGUUGAUGACCUGGUUAGUGGGGUAGAAGUGGAAGGAUCAUUAGGCGCGAGUGAUCAUGCUCUUCUGAAGUUUACUAUACAGCGGAAAGGAGCAGCCAAGCAUACUAGGACUCAAUUUCUUGACUUUAAGAAAGCCGACUUCAUAAAACUUAGGGAAGUGCUGGGUGAGAUCCCAUGGACAGUAAUACUAAAAGGAAAGGGAGUUCAUGAUGGCUGGGAGUUUGUUAAGAGGGAGAUAGUAAAAGCACAACGUCAGGCAAUACCAAUGAGACGGAAACAUGGAAGGUGCCUAAAGAAGCCAGGGUGGCUAUCUAAAGAACUUUUAACUGAGUUAAGAUUAAAAAGGAUGUGUACAAAAAUGGAAAAGGGGGAAACCACCAAAGAGGAAUUCAAACAAAUAGCCAGCACGUGUAGACACAAAGUCAGAAAAGCUAAAGCACAGAAUGAACUCAGGCUUGCUAGAGAGGUUAAAAGCAACAAAAAGGCUUUUAUGGGUAUGUUCAGUAGCAAAAGGAAGAACAAAGAAACAGUGGGGUCACUCAGAGGAGAAGAUGGUGAAAUGCAAACAGGGGACACAGAAAGGGCUGAACUCCUCAAUGCCUUCUUUGCCUCAGUCUUCUCCGAUAAAGAAAACAAUGCCCGACCUGAAGAAUUUGGAGCAAAUGAUUCAGCAAAGGAAACACAGCCCAGAAUAACUAAGGAGAUAGUACAAGAAUACUUGGCUAGUUUAGAUGUAUUCAAGUCUCCAGGGCCAGAUGAACUGCAUCCAAGAGUAUUAAAAGAACUGGCAGAUGUGAUCUCAGAACCACUGGCAGUCAUCUUUGAGAAUUCCUGGAGAACAGGUGAAGUCCCAGCAGACUGGAGGAGGGCAAAUGUUGUCCCUAUUUUCAAAAAGGGGAAAAGAGAGGACCCAAAUAAUUACCGCCCAGUCAGUCUGACAUCAAUACCAGGGAAGAUUCUAGAGCAGAUCAUUAAGCAAACAGUCUGUGAGCACCUAGAAAGGAAUGCUGUGAUCACCAAUAGUCAGCAUGGAUUUCUGAAAAAUAAGUCAUGUCAGACUAACCUGAUCUCGUUUUUGACAGAAUUACAAGCCUGGUAGAUGAAGGGAACGCAGUGGAUGUAGCCUACCUUGAUUUCAGCAAGGCAUUUGACAAGGUGCCCCAUGAUAUUCUUGUAAAGAAGCUGGUAAAAUGCAGUCUUGACUAUGCUACCACUCAGUGGAUUUGUAACUGGCUGACUGACCGACCGAACCCAAAGGGUGCUCAUCAAUGGUUCCUCUUCAUCCUGGAGAAGAGUGACUAGUGGGGUGCCACAGGGUUCUGUCUUGGGCCCGGUCUUAUUCAACAUCUUUAUCAACGACUUGGAUGAUGGACUCAAGGGCAUCCUGAUCAAAUUUGCAGAUGACACCAAACUGGGAGGGGUGGCUAACACCCCAGAGGACAGGAUCACACUUCAAAAUGACCUUGACAGAUUAGAGAACUGGGCAAAAACAAACAAGAUGAAUUUUAACAGGGAGAAAUGUAAAGUAUUGCACUUGGGCAAAAAAAAUGAGAGGCACAAAUACAAGAUGGGUGACACCUGGCUUGAGAGCAGUACAUGUGAAAAGGAUCUAGGAGUCUUGGUUGACCACAAACUUGACAUGAGCCAACAGUGUGACGCAGCAGCUAAAAAGCCAAUGCAAUUCUGGGCUGCAUCAAUAGGAGUAUAGUAUCUAGAUCAAGGGAAGUAAUAGUGCCACUGUAUUCUGCUCUGGUCAGACCUCACCUGGAGUACUGUGUCCAGUUCUGGGCACCACAGUUCAAGAAGGACACUGACAAACUGGAACAUGUCCAGAGGAGGGCAACCAAAAUGGUCAAAGGCCUGGAAACGAUGCCUUAUGAGGAACGGCUAAGGGAGCUGGGCAUGUUUAGCCUGGAGAAGAGGAGGUUAAGGGGUGAUAUGAUAGCCAUGUUCAAAUAAAUAAAAGGAUGUCACAUAGAGGAGGGAGAAAGGUUGUUUUCUGUUGCUCCAGAGAAGCGUACACGGAGCAAUGGAUCCAAACGACAAGAAAGAAGAUUCCACCUAAACAUUAGGAAGAACUUCCUGACAGUAAGAGCUGUUCGACAGUGGAAUUUGCUGCCAAGGAGUGUGGUGGAGUCUCCUUCUUUGGAGGUCUUUAAGCAGAGGCUUGACAACCAUAUGUCAGGAGUGCUCUGAUGGUGUUUCCUGCUUGGCAGGGGGUUGGACUCAAUGGCCCUUGUGGUCUCUUCCAACUCUAUGAUUCUAUGGGUAGGCAAACUAAGGCCUGGGGGCCAGAUCCAGCCCAGUCGCCUUCUAAAUCUGGCCCGCGGACAGUCUGGGAAUCAGCAUGUUUUUACAUGAGUAGAAUGUGUGCUUUUAUUUAAAAUGCAUCUCUGGCUUAUUUGUGGGGCAUAGGAAUUCGUUCAUCCCUCCCCCCCAAAAAAUAUAGUCCGGCCCCUCACAAGGUCUGAGGGACAGUGGACUGGCCCCCUGCUGAAAAAGUUUGCUGACCUCUCCGCCAGACUAACCUCCCCGGGGAGAGCAUUCCACAAACAGGGAGCCACUGCAGAAAAGGCCCGUUCUUGUGUUGCCACCCUCCGGACCUCUUGUGGAAGAGGCACAUGAAGAAGGACCUCAGAUGGUGAUCUUGGGGUCUGGGGAUGGGAUGAAGCCAACAAAGUUAGCGCAAGAAUUUCCACCUGUGCAAUAGUACUUCCUCUUGCUAUUCUUUCCUCUCUUUAUGCAACUCCUGUGCCCCUCUAAACAGAUCUUUUUUUGCACUGGUGGGGUGGGUUGCACAGGGAGUGGAGUGGGACAAGAAACCCUAUUGCCCACCCCACCCCCAAUAUUCUAAAGAGGGUCUCUUCUCCAGUCUUCAGAGAGUAGCUGGAAGUGGGGAGGCAGAAAGGUCCUCCUCUCCUUCCACUCUGCAGUUUUAAUCUGAAACCUUAGGUGUGGUACUGCGCCCAGAGCUCAGAAACUGAUCACGCUAAUGAAAUUCCCUGUCGCAAAAUGCACCUAGAACAAUGGGAGUUUUGAACACUGGCAGGAAGCGGACAUGGACUUCCUGACAGCAAGAGCUGUUCGACAGUGGAAUUUGCUGCCAAGGAGUGUGGUGGAGUCUCCUUCUUUGGAGGUCUUUAAGCAGAGGCUUGACAACCAUAUGUCAGGAGUGCUCUGAUGGUGUUUCCUGCUUGGCAGGGGUUGGACUCGAUGGCCCUUGUGGUCUCUUCCAACUCUAUGGUUCUAUGAUUCUAUGAUUCUAUGAAAAGGAUUCCACUGUAAAUAUGCCUUGCCAUCAUUAUAUCCAUUCCCCAGGAAAAAACCCUCUUGAUAUCUAGUCUAUGGGCAUGUGUGGGGUUACGUAGCUUCCUAUAAUUGAGUGCUUGGUUCAAAAGAAACUGAUAGCUCAGAACUGGUAAUGCCACAGACUCUGUCACCUUUUAUCUUAAACUCUGCUCACCCAGUGCAUUUGAAGCUGAUUAUGUCCCCCAAAGUGUUCUGGGAACUGUAGUUUGAUAUGGGUACUGGGUAUGAUAGCUGUGUGAGGCGUAAAGUUCCCAGAAUUCUUUGGGGGAAGUAAUGUGCUUUAAAUGUAUGGUGCAUACAUAGCCUCUUAUCCCUCUCCCACAAUGUCCUACACUAAUUGCACAAAAAUAAAAGCAGGUUAGGGUUGGCUAAAGGAGAAACGACUUUCGAACUGGACUGAAGUUAGCUUUUUGUAAGGCCACCAAAGUGGAAGAUAGCCCAGUCUGCAUAUUAGUGGCGUGCUGUGUUAUUUUUUUUUAUAUGUCUGUUGUAAAUGUGAGUCACACAACUAGGUGUGUAAUCAUGCCAGUUGUGUAAUCACGCUUGAUAUGCAGGUUCUCUGAUGAAAUGUGUAGUAGCCAAGAGGUGCACAGUCUGUUUAUUUCUCUGCAUAAGCUUCUUUCAAUCCUGCACUGCAUUGGGGAAGGGCUUUUGUUUGUGUGUAAUGCUGUAGCGUGCUUUUGAAAAGAUAGGCUCCUUCUUUGGUUAAGGCAGUGGUUUGGGAUUUGGAAGGUCAUUGCUUCAAUCCUCUCUUCCUGUCUGGGAGCAAUUACUCAAGAUCACUUAGCAGGAUCACUUACUCCUUUAAUCUUCUCGUUGAACUCACACCUACAGAGGCUCAGGAGUCCAGUGUCAGGGCUUGUUCCUCCCCUGUGCAGUGCAUGCUUGUGGGUGAAGAGAGGGCUGUGAAUAUGCAGUCUGGGGUUGGUAGUUCUUUUCCAUCAGAGUGGUGAAUGCAAAGCACAAGGAUGUGGGUGUGGGGGGCAUAGGCAUCACCGUGAAGUUUCAAAAUAUUUGGAAGGAUCUCAGAGUAGGGGUGUGGCUUUCACAGGUAUUUAGUAUGCAGAAGUUCAAAACAAAUGCAUGUGUUUGGCAGCCCUGGAAAUCAAGCCACACACAGGGUGUCUGAGGCUUUAGACAGUCCUAUUCAACAGUGGUUGCAGGAUGGAGGCACGAUGAAGGCAAAUAUCUGCAGUGCUCUUUGUGUCUUCCUGCUUAUGUCUGCAGUAUUGACAAACAGAUCGUUUUCAGGUCAGAUUGCUGCUCCUGCAGUCUAUUGCUCCAGUGGCGUCUCUUCAGAAUACAGUGGUACCUUGGGUUACAAACACCUCGGGUUACAAACACUUCGGGUUACAGACUUCACUAACCUGGAAGUAGUACCUCGGGUUAAGAACUUUACCUCAGGAUGAGAAUAGAAAUUGUUCGGCGGCAGCAGGAGGCCCCGUUAGCUAAAGUGGUACAUCAGGUUAAGAACAGUUUCAGGUUAAGAACAGACCUCCGGAACGAAUUAAGUUCGUAACCAGAGGUACCACUGUAUAUUGAAUAGAGACAGAAUCUGAUAGACACAAAUGGUAUCUCCAGGCCUCUCUCUACAUUGCUUGAUGCAGUCAGUGCUGCAGAGCCUUUAAACAAGCUAUGCUGAGCCUGCCUGUCUGAGGGCGCAAGCAUUUCCUCAUUGGUUAAGGACCCAUCUGGUUGCUUAGGAUAUUACAUAAAUAAUUCCAAGGUGCAAUUGGUUAAUGUUCUUGAGUGUCUCCCUUGAUCUCUGCCUUUGUCUCUAAAGCAGGUUUUUCUAUAUCAGUGCUAUUGGCACAAGGGUGGGUGGGGGAAUGGAUUCUGAGAUGUUCUUAGCACUGCCCAAGGCUUUUGCUUCAACACAAUGUUGUAUGUUGUGAUGAUUGUUUGAUUACUGUCACUCCACCUGAGUGGAUCUCAAGGCGGGUUACACCACAAAACCACAAUAUAAAAAAUGCAAAAUACAUAACAAAAUAAGAUUUAAAAAACCCAAUAAUCUCCCCUCUCACGAUACAUUUGAAAGUAUAUCGGAUGUUAAAGGUCUAUAAUGAAAGCGCCAGACCAAAAAGCCAAUGCAAUUCUGGGCUGCAUCAAUAGGAGUAUAGUAUCUAGAUCAAGGGAAGUAAUAGUGCCACUGUAUUCUGCUCUGGUCAGACCUCACCUGGAGUACUGUGUCCAGUUCUGGGCACCACAGUUCAAGAAGGACACAGACAAACUGGAACGUGUCCAGAGGAGGGCAACCAAAAUGGUCAAAGGCCUGGAAACAAUGCCUUAUGAGGAACGGCUAAGAGAGCUGGGCAUGUUUAGCCUGGAGAAGAGGAGGUUAAUGGGUGAUAUGAUAGCCAUGUUCAAAUAUAUAAAAGGAUGUCACAUAGAGGAGGGAGAAAGGUUGUUUUCUGCUGCUCCAGAGAAGCGGACACGGAGCAAUGGAUCCAAACUACAAGAAAGAAGAUUCCACCUAAACAUUAGGAAGAACUUCCUGACAGUAAGAGCUGUUUGACAGUGGAAUUUGCUGCCAAGGAGUGUGUGGAGUCUCCUUCUUUGGAGGUCUUUAAGCAGAGGCUUGACAACCAUAUGUCAGGAGUGCUCUGAUGGUGUUUCCUGCUUGGCAGGGGUUGGAUUCGAUGGCCCUUGUGGUCUCUUCCAACUCUAUGAUUCUAUGAUUCUAUGGGUAGGCAAACUAAGGCCUGGGGGCCGGAUCCAGCCCAGUCGCCUUCUAAAUCUGGCCCGCGGACAGUCUGGGAAUCAGCAUGUUUUUACAUGAGUAGAAUGUGUGCUUUUAUUUAAAAUGCAUCUCUGGCUUAUUUGUGGGGCAUAGGAAUUCAUUCAUCCCUCCCCCCCCAAAAAAAUAUAGUCCGGCCCCUCACAAGGUCUGAGGGACAGUGGACUGGCCCCCUGCUGAAAAAGUUUGCAGACCCCUCCGCCAGACUAACCUCCCUGGGGAGAGCAUUCCACAAACAGGGAGCCACUGCAGAAAAGGCCCGUUCUUGUGUUGCCACCCUCUGGACCUCUUGUGGAAGAGGCACAUGAAGAAGGACCUCAGAUGGUGAUCUUGGGGUCUGGGGAUGGGAUGAAGCCAACAAAGUUAGCGCAAGAAUUUCCACCUGUGCAAUAGUACUUCCUCUUGCUCUUCUUUCCUCUCCUUAUGCAACUCCUGUGCCCCUCUAAACAGAUCUUUUUUUGCACUGGUGGGGUGGGGAGUGGAGUGGGACAAGAAACCCUAUUGCAUAGUAGGAGGUCCUUGCGCUAACAGGAUGACUCCAUUAAAUGCAACCAGAUUUUGUGUGUAUCUCAAAUAUUUCCCUGAGUUGAAACCUUGGGAAAGAGUUUCUGGGAAAGGGUCCUAUAUGCUGUUCAAACAACUGGCAAAGGCAGUUACUGAUUAAGCCUGGGCAGUGUAUAGUUUGUCAUGAUUCAAAGUCUUGAGGAAAACAGGCUUUACUGAAAUCUUCACAAAAGUUUAUGCCGUAAAAUAUUUCUUUGUCUUUAAGGUAACUUCCAUUGUGUGUUUUCACUAACAAGGUAGCUUGUUUCACAAUUUUUUUUCAAAAUUUUGGUGGGUGUUUUUUCCCACAGUCAGAGAAAUUUAUUGCAUGGUGGUUGGGGUCUGGAUCACCAAGUGUUCAAAAUGUGAGACGUAUGCUUUCAAAUUGCAAGUGUCAGAAGAUACUUAAUCUUUAAGUUUCAAGGACUGAAAGGAGAGGGCAUUGAAACAGCCCUCAAAGACUUCCUUAGAUAGCGAGUCUCCUGGCUAAUAUCCUGUUUACUAAUACUUGGCACUGUUGGUUUCUUCCAUACCCACUCCCCUUGUUUAAUUUACAAGUCAAAUGUACCCAGUUUCCUGCCUUACAUGACCCUCACUGGGGAAUGAGGAGGACUUAAUCAUACAUGGGGAGGGAUUAUAGUCUUGGUUGCCAUUGUCCUUUGUGUUCACUGUAUAACAAACAGCUUCCAGUUCUGGUUGAUGUCAGCAUAGGCUUAUUAAUCCCAAAUGUUUGAAAUGUAACAGUUAGCAUUUUUUAAAAAUCUAUAUUUUUAUUUUUUAUUUUUAUUUUUGCUUCUAGGGUUAGCCUGUACCCUCAUGCAUACUUUUCCAGCAGUAAACACCACUGGAUGUACUUCUGAGUAAAUCUUGCAGCACAGAGCACUUUUCAAUGUUAUAUAUUCAAAUCCUCCUCCCCAACCAUAGCCAAAGCGUAACUCCUGCCAGAAGAAAAUGAUUGAAAGAGAGGAACUCAUUGGGUUGCCAGACCCCAGUGUAUUUCAUGUCUGGAAGAUAGAGAACAGAGGAAGUGGGAAUGAAGGCAGGCAGGCAGGAAUGAUGUAAUAAUCCUCCCCCACCCCCUCAUUUUGAGGGAAUAACCAUGUGACACACUGGAGAUUUGUAAAAGUGGUUCCCAUGACAAAGAGCAUGCUUGACAAACUGUGCAAACAUUUGCAUGUAAUCAGGAAGCGUCAGUGAAAUGCACUUGCUUUGUAUAUGUGCAUGUCCAGGGUUGGUAUUCGUUUGUCUCAAGGGACAAUGGAGUGCGCCUCUAGGGGUGAGGUCAAACCACUACAUUAGCAGCGCUAAAGCCUGGGCAGUGUGUAGGUCCUGGGAUGCCCAGAAGACAACACACACACACCCUGCCUUGCUGAUACGGUCCAGAGGAAAGCAGAGCAAUAUGUUUGGCACCAGCUUGGCUGCAGGAAUGGCCGGAAGUAUACAAGGCGCCAUCCAAACGCCUUAGGAACUCCACUCCAGAUCUGUGUAGGGUUUACUCCUUAGUCUUUGUCUUCUUCCAAAGAUAUCCUGCAAGGCAACAGAGGUUUAAGAUCAGAGUCUUCCUUCUCCUAGUUGAGCUACCUUCCCUGGUUGACGAGUCCCACAUGCACCCUACAUCACAUGCAGAAACCGCCUUCUUGACUGUUGGACCCACUAUUGGUCUCAUCCACUCAAUCCACUGAAGCCUUUCUUCAAAUGCAGGGGAAAUUCCUGACUCACAGAGGGUUUGAGACCCAUCAGCUACCCUCACCUGGUUUAGCUGGCCAGUUGAAGCCGUUUCCUGGGGUGUGGCCACUGUUGCAUGCUGACAGCUUCUAGGAGUCACAGAUCAGAGCUGAGUGUAGGGUAAGGACCAAAGGUGGACAAGCUACGCUAGAGAGAGCAUUAUGUGUCCCCCCCACCUCAUGGCAUACUACCCCCAACACCCCAUACACCCCAGGGUAAUGUGUGGUAAAGGGUAACUCUUGCAUGUCCUCUCUGGGGAGAGGCCUGUGCAUCUCAAGGGGGAUUUUUUGCACUAAAUCAAAUUAUUUCCAUAUAUUUAUCCAAGAAAUCCAGAAAGAGGACAUGUGCAUGGUGUUUUCUUUGCCAUAUCAUGAGAAAUCACACUGCGUUUGUUCUGGGUGAGUGCUAUGAUGCCACCAACCAACCUCCCCCUUUUUUGGUUCAUGUGGGGCAACUCUGGAUAUCUGUGAAAAAAGCAAAGGGAGCCAUGUUGGUUCACAAGAAAUAUUCCAAAAUCCACAGCAUUCUAAGGACCAACAAAAAUGUUACAAACUCUGUAGUGGACAUAGCUUUCAAGCCCAGAGUCUUUGUACAGCUCAGCUGUUAACACUGAGCAUAAAGAUGUUUGUACAAGAUGAAACAUAUAUUAGAAAAAACGUAUCUUAGAGUUGGAAGGACUCACAAAGACUCACUGCCACACCACCACUGAUAGGUAACUGUCCAGCCUCUGCUUAAAAACCUUUAACUAAUGAGAAUUCACCACCGUCUAUGACAUGAGAGCUGCAAUGUUUAAUGUUUAACUAAAUGCAGCCAUGGAAUUUGUGAGUGCUAAUUUGAUUAGGGAAGAAGCACAGAGGUGAAUAUUUUAAACUUAUUAUCCCUUCACUGUUUGCCUGUUCUAAAUUGUUCUCACACAGACGCGUGUAUAUGUGCGCGCACACACAUACACACAGAGUUGCUCUUUGUUCCAUUCAGAGAAAAAUACUGGCAUAAAACAAGUUCCUGUAUCACACACACACAGCAAAUAGGCAUCUUUGGGAGGGCAAUGUUGUAAAUAAAAAUAUGCCCUUUUCCCUUAUGGGGUAUCCAAGAGCCCAUAUAGAGUCCUUACAUAGGUUCCCUAUUGGUAGGAGAAAAUAACAGAGGCCAACCAGAGAAUAUUGAGAAGCAAAGCAGCUAGUAAGCUUGAUCUUUAUUAAUCUGUUGCAACAGGGUGCUCCCCUCACACGCAGGAGAGGAAGAGGACCCCCAAAAAUGCUGUGCAAUGGCUUAUAAAGACUUUUGAAAUUCCCAUCCUCUAGAUCAAGACCACCCCCCAGAAACAUUAUGCAUACAUCACAGAAGGGGUGUAACCUAAGACCACCCCUCAGAUACAUCCCACCUACAUCACAGAAAUUUAAAUGUACUUUUUCUCCUGUCACAGUUUAUCUCCUGUCUGGCAAGUUACUUGAUUGGAUUGCCUGGGGAGCCUGGCCAUUCUUUUAUAGUGGUAAAAUACUUAUUUCCUGGGCCAGGUCACAGGCUCACACCUUAUUCAAACAGACAUAUCCUUGAGACAGGAUCUGUGAGGAAAGAGACAAUGGGGAGGCUUUUCCAUCUUUACCAUGCAGAGAAACAUUUGCUCAGUUUAGGAAUCAAAAUGGUUCCAGGUUGGCCUUCCUGUGCUGAUCCAUGUACGUGUGGUUAUGAACGUUGCCAUAUAUCUAAAACCAUAAAAUUCCUAUCACAGCAAGUUCAAUCAGGAAAACAUGGGGCAGAUGGAUUAAACACCUGCACCAAAACAACACUUCCUUGAUCAAAUUGGCUGCCCACUGACUUCACAGCUGCAUUAAGUAAAAUAAAUAAAUAAAUGCCCUGGUGCUGUGAUAGGAAUUUUGAGGUCUUAGAUAUAUGGUAAUGUUCAUAAGUGUACCAGCCAAGCACGUACAUAGAUCAGCACAGGAAGACCAACCUGGAACCAUUUUGAUUCCUAAACUGAGCAAAUGUUUUCUCUGCAAGGUCAAAGUGGGAAACUUCCCCAUUGUGUCUUUCCUCACAAAUCCUGUCUUAAGGGCACAUUUAAGAUAUGAAUAGGGUGUGAGCCUGUGACCUGGCCCAGGAACUAAGUAUUUAUCAUUACAAAAGAUUGGCUAGGCUCCCCAGUCAAUCCAAUCAAGUAACCUGCCAGACAGGAGAAAAACAAUGACAGGAGAAAAACAACAUUCAAAUUUCUGUUUUAAACCACCUUUUUUGUGAUGUAGGUGUGAUGUUCCUGGGGGGUGGUCUUAGGUUACACCCCUUCUGUGAUGUAUGUAUGAUGUUUCUGGGGGUGGUCUUGAUCUUGUUGUUGUUUAGUCGUGUCCGACUCUUCGUGACCCCAUGGACCAGAGCACGCCAGGCACCCCGUCCUCCACUGCCUCCCGCAGUUUGGUCAAAUUCAUGCUGGUAGCUUCGAAGACGCUAUCCAACCAUCUCAUCCUCUGUCGUCCCCUUCUCCUUGUGCCCUCCAUCUUUCCCAACAUCAGGGUCUUUUCCAGGGAGUCUUCUCUUCUCAUAAGGUGGCCAAAGUAUUGGAGCCUCAGCUUCACGAUCUGUCCUUCCAGUGAGCACUCAGGGCUGAUUUCCUUAAGAAUGGAGAGGUCUGAUCUUCUUGCAGUCCAUGGGACUCUCAAGAGUCUCCUCCAGCACCAUAAUUCAAAAGCAUCAAUUCUUCGGCGAUCAGCCUUCUUUAUGGUCCAGCUCUCACUUCCAUACAUCACUACUGGGAAAACCAUAGCUUUUACUAUACGGACCUUUGUUGGCAAGGUGAUGUCUCUACUUUUUAAGAUGUUGUCUAGGUUUGUCAUUGCUUUCCUCCCAAGAAGCAGGCGUCUCUUAAUUUCGUGGCUGCUGUCACCAUCUGCAGUGAUCAUGGAGCCCAAGAAAGUAAAAUCUCUCACUGUCUCCAUUUCUUCCCCUUCUAUUUGCCAGGAGGUGAUGGGACCAGUGGCCAUGAUCUUCGUUUUUUGAUGUUGAGCUUCAGACCAUAUUUUGCGCUCUCCUCUUUCACCCUCAAUAAAAGGUUCUUUAAUUCCUCCUCACUUUCUGCCAUCAAGGUUGUGUCAUCUGCAUAUCUGAGGUUGUUGAUAUUUCUUCCAGCAAUCUUAAUUCCGGCUUGCGAAUCAUCCAGCCCAGCCUUUCGCAUGAUGAAUUCUGCAUAUAAGUUAAAUAAGCAGGGAGACAAUAUACAGCCUUGUCGUACUCCUUUCCCAAUUUUGAACCAAUCAGUUGUUCCAUAUCCAGUUCUAACUGUAGCUUCUUGUCCCACAUAGAGAUUUCUCAGGAGACAGAUGAGGUGAUCAGGCAGUCCCAUUUCUUUAAGAACUUGCCAUAGUUUGCUGUGGUCAACACAGUAAAAGGCUUUUGCAUAGUCAAUGAAGCAGAAGUAGAUGUCUUUCUGGAACUCUCUAGCUUUCUCCAUAAUCCAGCGCAUGUUUGCAAUUUGGUCUCUGGUUCCUCUGCCUCUUCUAAAUCCAGCUUGCACUUCUGCGAGUUCUCGGUCCGCAUACUGCUUGAGCCUUCCUUGUAGAAUUUUAAGCAUAACCUUGCUAGCGUGUGAAAUGAGUGCAAUUGUGUGGUAGUUGGAGCAUUCUUUGGCACUGCCCUUCUUUGGGAUUGGGAUGUAGACUGAUCUUCUCCAAUCCUCUGGCCACUGCUGAGUUUUCCAAACUUGCUGGCAUAUGGAGUGUAGCACCUUAACAGCAUCAUCUUUUAAAAUUUUAAAUAGUUCAGCUGGAAUACCAUCACUUCCACUGGCCUUGUUAUUUGCAGUGCUUUCUAAGGCCCAUUUGACUUCACUCUCCAGGAUGUCUGGCUCAAGGUCAGCAACCACACUACCUGGGGUGUACGAGACAUCCAUAUCUUGGUCUUGAUCUACAGGGUGGCAAUUUCAAAAGUCUUUAUAAGGCCUUGCGCACCAUUGUUCUGGGUUCCUCCUCCCUCCCUUGUGUGGUGAGUGAGGACUCUGUUGCAACAGAUCAAUAAAGAUCAGGCUUACUAGCUGCUUUGCUUCUCAAUAUUCUUUGGUUGGCCUCUGUUAUUUUCUCCUACCAAUAGGGAACCUAUGUAAGGACUCUAUAUGGGCUCUUGGAUACCCCAUAAGGGAAAAGGGCAAUUUUUGUUUACAAGAGUGCUAAGAAGUCAGCAUUCUAGGCAAGGAAAGCUGACUGAUUUCAAAGAAAGACAACUUUCUCCAUGCAAUGCAUGCCUGAAGAUAUGCAAAGCACUUGAAAGAAACUUCAUUAGCAGAAGUUACACCAGUCAACUGUUUUAUUAUUCUUUCUGUGUGCAGAAGGCAAGAAGGAAAUAGCUCUUUCUCCAUGGUUAGUAAACGGUUAUAUAUAUAUAUAUAUAAUGAGAUGUGUGUGCACAUUGGCGCGCACACACACACACACACACAGAGAGAGAGAGAGAGAGAGAGAUGUGUGUGCACAUUGGCUUCUGCAAACCAGAAAGAAGUCACCUUUCUUUUUAGACACUGCAAGGAAUUUUCCCAGCCUGUGUCAGCCUUCUUUAGCAACAAAUGUGGUUGAGUGGGCGCACAGGAAGUUGCUAACCAUGAAGCUGGGGGAAAUUAGUACAGAACGCCGAGCAAGUCACUGUGUUAGGAAACUUAGGGCUGCGGUUAGAAAAAUGUGUAGGCUGCUUUGUAGUGCUUCCAAAUUACAGCUGUAUCAUUGACAGCGGGUAAACACAUCACUCCUCCUUCUCCUGAAUAUGAAUAAGCUUCAGCAGGACAAGUAUAUCAACUGCCCAUAACAUUCUUGUUAGAAAUAUAUAGACUCCUUUCUUGAAAAUCAGUACACAUGUGCAGAUUAAUCACUUCAUCACUUUCCUUGUUUGCUACAGUCUUUUGUAUUCCUGCCUUCUUUGCUAAAGUCUGUAUAUCUUGCAUUCCAGAAUUAAUAUUGAUUAAGAAAGUCAAAGAGCAGCCGAAUCUUGUGUAACCUCCAGUCUUCUGUAGAUCUGCUGUUUAGCACAAAGCAAGCCUGAAUUAAGACUUUUCAUGCAUACUUUGUAGUCCAGACUUGGUGGGUGAGAUGCAAAUGGACUAAGGGGAAAAGGAAGUGGUGUUUUUCCACUUCAGAUAACUUUCCAGCUAUUUAUCUGGGCCCGACAUGCAUGAGUCAACCAUGGUGUGCAACAUUUUCACACUGACUGUUGGCCUUGUUUGUGAAAGGAGACAGACCUUUGCUUGGAGGUAGAGCUUGGAUUUUUCCUAAUGCUGCUGAGGGCAAAAUGUGCGCCCUAACUGGGAAUAAGCAUAUGUUCUUGUGCUCUUUCUAUUUUCAGUGCUAAAUAUGACUUAGGGCUUUUCAAAUACAUGAAUAUGUUUCUUUGGGAUUUGGCAGUCUGUAUAUACCUAUCACAGUUAACAUCUGACCUCUAGACACUAGAAGUGGUGGUGUUAUAACUCAGGGGUGGGGAACUUCUAGGCCGUGGGCCAAUCUUGGCUAGGCAGGGGUCCAGUUUGGCCCCAUGGGGCCAUUUCCCCCAAAUCACGCCCACCUGUCAAUCAGCUGGUGUGCUCGCUGUUUCUCUUGCAUCUAUUAAGCUGGGCCAUGGGGUAUGGGAAGAUAAAGACCUGGCCUGCCAGGACAAAUAGUUCCCCCACCCCUGGAACUAUUGUCUAAGACACAUUGCCUUCAGACUUCUGCAUCUGCUCAUAUUGCAUGCAUUUGCUCUCAUGUCUAAGCUUGAGCAUGUCUUGAAUUCAGACAUAACCCUUCUCCUGAAGAGGACCUAUGUAUAAGGCUGCAUAUGGGUGUAAACAGAUAGGUAUGUUGCAUUCCCCUUCAUCUCCCAAGGGGGAGCAGCUGGAAGCAAGGAGUUAUGUCUUGCUGCUGGGUGUUGCCUUGCAAUGCCAAAUUCCUGAUCUCUCCAAGGAGCAGGAGCUGUUGAUGCUCACCUGUUGCUUUCUUUCUUUUCCAGGCUUCUUCUUUGCCCCUGAAUUCCCAGGAGGAUGAGCCAGCAGAAUGGGGAGCAGUCCAAUCUGUCUCAUUCGCUCUUUGACACUUUUCUCCAUGCCAAGCAGUGCAAAGAGGUGCUGGGAAGUUUUGAGGCGCUUUGCAGACACCUGGGACUGGAGCAUACUGGCCAGCUCCAGUUCUAUCACAAGCUCAAGUCUCGCCUCAACUACUGGAGUGCCAAGGCUUUGUGGACCAAGCUAGACAAGAAGGCCGGGCACAAAGAUUAUGAUCAGGGGACAGCAUGUGCCAACACCAAGGUAAGGUGGCAGAACUGCGGUUGCUAUGCUGCAGAGAAUAGCCUACCUCAGGGUUGGGGGAACCUUUUCAUCCUGGCGGGCCACAUCUUUAUCUCCACCACCCUGAGCGGCCAACUUUUGACAGGUCAUUUGUGCUGCCCACCUGUCAACGUUUGCCCACUGGGGGAGAUGCUACACAAAGGAGGAUUGAACUCUCUAUGCAUCAGCUGAUGUGCCAGUUCAGUUCAGCUUUUUUCAGCCGGGUCUCUACCUGCCUCACACCUGAUGUCACAAAUGACAUCAGAUGUGGGGCAGGUGCAAGUGGUUUUAGAAAAAUGACCAUGUGGGCCAAAUAGGAACACCUGGUGGACCAGGUUUGGUCUGUGGGCUGAAGGAUCUGCAGCCCUUGUCUACUUGAUGGUCAUCACAUGAGAUGCUGAACAUUCUAGGCCUCUCCUCUGGUGGCCAGUACCAAGGACCAUCUUCCUGUGUUUCCCAGAUGCUGAAGCAGGCCUAUUUCUUAAAUGUGUGCUAAACUUCAGCAGUGCAGAUGAGCAUAUCUGGGUUAUUUUUCGUAUUCUGUGGUUGCUGUACUUCUACCUCCAAUUCCUGAUUAGUUACUAUACGUAAUGUAAACAUUAGUUCUGCCUACCCCUACGUGCAUUGCUUCAAUGUUUUAUCAUUACUUCCUAGUUCUUAACUUACAGAAGUAGAUCGUCUGUUGUGUUCCUGUUAUUCUAAAAGAUAACUCGCACUGAUAAUGGUGGGGUUUCCAUUGAUUUCCAAACGUGUAGGCAAUUGUGCUCCUGAAUAACCCUUCCAAAGUUCACUUUACACAUUAAAAUCAAGAUUUAAUUUCAUUGUCACCAACAAACCAAUCACCACACAGCACAUAAGCAAACGGAGAUGAUGCAGUAUGGUUUCUUCGUAAAACCUCAAAACAAAAAAAGGUAAAUUAAAAGGAAAAAUUGAGAAAGACCAGUGUCGUGAAAAUCUUUCAAAAUAUGUGAACACUUGGAAUUGUGAAACCUGAAGGAAAGGAAAGAAAGAGAAGAGAAGCCAUUCCUAUAUAUAUAUAUAUAUAUAUAUAUAUAUAUAUAUAUAUAUAUAUAUUAUUUAUUAAGUUUCUAUCCCACCCUUCCUCCCAAAGAAGCUCUGAGUGGCUGUUAAAAGAUUCUGUCCAUGAAACCCUGUAGCUCAGGAGAACCACCUUCCCUGCUUAACAUCACACCCAGGGAUGCCUAAUAUAAUUGACAAUCCAGCCAUGUGAGAAAUGCAGGGAGCCCUUGCGGUCGAGACUCCAACUGUUACCGCACGGAAGAUUGUGUUGCAGGAGGAUUAAAUGCCCUACUUUUGUGCUAAAUCGUAUGGCUAAGUAACCACAGGACAGAAAAGCCUACAGGAUGGUAAAUUGGUACUUUGUAUUGUUUCCUAGUUGUCUUCCCUUGGGAGCGAGCUUCUGUUUCAGAAACACUUAACUUCUUCCUAGCACUUAAGCAGCAACAGGUUAUUGCUGGGAAAAUGUGACUCUUUGCUGAGCUUGUGGAGCUUUGGGAAUGUGAAGUGCUGAACAGUCCGGACUGUGAUUGUGUGAACAUCACCACUCAUGAUGAGUGACUCUUGGCUCCAUGUCACUUUGUGACUCUGUACUGUGUCCAGGGAUGGCUCCAGGUUUGAGAGUGAUGGAGACAAAGGGAACUCUGGAGGGCCUUACUGGGCUUACUUAGUGGCAGCACAAAGCACUGGAUGGCAAGGAAGGUGUCCUGAAAAUCUCUCUGAACCUUUGCCAGGCAGCUAGGGAUGGUUGGUUGAAUUUCCCACAAUGCCCUGUCCUGGAACAAAGCUAUGCCAUCUUGUGGGAGAUUGCCAUUUUGUGGCUAGUCUCGGCUAGGAGCAUCAGGCUGAAUUUCUUUUUAAGGGGGGAACCACUGGCAGGAAUGGGGUUGACCUUUGGUAGCUGCCCAAGGAUGCUUAGUGCUGGUCUGUCAGGUUCUGCUCUAUGGAGUAAGGGCUGCCUUCCUUCCAACCCCAUAUACGGAUUCAAACUGCCUUUGAACGGAGGCUAAGCAGUUCAGCUUGAGGUGACUGCCAAGAUAAACCUUAAACGUACGCUCUGAGAGUAGGGCUCAGAAGUAUGUAGCAGAUCUUGGAAUGCCCUGCAAAAAUAAUGUUUGGAUCUGCAGUGACUUGUUGGGGUGUACAGGCAAGAGGGGCAGCACCGGGCCUUAGGUGGUUUGGAGUGUAAACAUCUGUUGCAAAAAUCUUGGUGGAUGUUUAAGAACUUCCUGUAUGGCUGGAUCUGUUGCAACAAAGCAUGAUUCAAAUUCUGACUGUCCACUCAUGUGAUUGAAUGGCUGCUUUGCUGAAGGAGACUGAGACAAGUCACUCUGUGUGGGUUCGCCAUACUUAAGUUCCGUGCUAAAACAGGUUUUUUUUAAAAAAAAAAAUCCCUGAAGAAGGUGUUUAUAGUAGUGAGAGGACAAGACCACGGUAAUGGCAAAAAACAGUUAACUGCAGAGCAGUGGUGUCCAAACUGUUUUCAAAAAGGGCCAGAUUUGAUGAAGUGAAGGGCCGUGAGGGUCGGCCAAAGGGCCAACUAAAGUUGUUAACCUUUUUUUAGGUCACUCAGGAAGUAAGCUGCUACAGGGGCCAGAUUAAACCACCGGCAGGCCGGAUUAGGCCCCCGAAUCGGACUUUGGACAUGCCUGCUGCAGAGGCUGCUGGGUCUUCCUUUGCCUCUGAAAAGGAGCAUUGUGCCCGCCUGCUCUUUUGACAUAAUGCCAAGCUCACAGUCACUCUUAUGGAUUGUAUGUUACCUGCCUGCUCCAGAGGCUGCGGCCACAGCAGCUUCCAAGUGUAAGCACUGUCUCCUUUAUGGCACCAUUUUAUAAACUUACCACCCGGUGAUAAUUCUUUUUCCAGUGCCUGAUUAUUGGGGCAGGCCCUUGCGGCCUCCGCUCGGCGAUUGAACUGGCCUUCCUUGGAGCCCAUGUGGUGGUGGUGGAGAAGAGAGACUCCUUUUCCCGGAACAAUGUGCUGCACCUUUGGCCUUUCAGCAUCCAAGACCUGCGGGCUCUGGGAGCUAAGAAAUUCUAUGGCCACUUCUGCACAGGAUCCUUGGAUCACAUCAGUAAGUAAUGCAGAACGGACCAGGGCAGGGAAAGUAUCUCCAACAUUAUGGAAUAGUGGUGAGAAACCAGCAUUACCAGCUAAUGGGAGCGAGUAGUGGUGGGAGUGGGUAGGAUGGAAUAUUAAUUAAUUAAUUAAUGGCUUGGUCUAGAAAGCAUUUACUGAAAAAGUAAUUUAAAAGUGCGUUUAAAGGUCCAGCAUCCUUAUGUAAACUGAACAUUUACUGCAAAAUGUAGCAUUUCUGCUUUCGAAAGGGCGUUCUCAGGAAUUGGUUCUUACUAGAUAGCUCAGUCGAUGGAACAUGAGGCUUUAAUCUCAGGGUUGUGAGUUCGAGCCCCACAUGGAGCAAAAAGAUUCCUGCAUUGCAGGGGGUUGGACUAGUUGACCCCCAUGGUCUCUUGCAGCUCUACGAUUCUACGGUGUGUCUCCUAAGGAGGGUUGUGUUUCACUGAGGGAACUGCAAUGGGUACCCAAAUUAAACUGUACAACAAGAAAGUAACUGUACAUCAAGGUGGUACAAAUUCAGAAAGAACAACAUUGGAUCAGUGUUUCAAAUAAAUUAAUAAAUUGUGUAAGUAAAUAAAUCGGUCAAAUUGCCAGUGUGGCAGAGGAAUUAGCUGACUUUAACGAUCGUUCCUGUCUUUUGGGCUUUGCUUUCAAUUUAACACUAUUGGCUUAUUGGAGUUUAGCUUGUUGCACACUCUUCCUCCCAGCCUGCAUCUAGAAAACCCUCCAUGGUGCCAUAUUCAAUAGCUCUUUAGGACUCAGUAUCCCUCUUGUUGAAACUGGGGAAGGCCAUGAUUUUCCAACCCCAUGACAGGGAAAUCAUGGAACAGGCUUCUUUCUGAAAUUGGAAGAAGAGGUGGCUGGAAGGUGGAGCUGGGGUUUAAGGCAGUGCUUGCCUGAGAGCAACUUUGAAAUGGGCACAGAUGGGCUUGUUUGUUUGUUUAAUUAGGCCUGCUCUGCUAAUCCUCUCCUUCUCUGUCUUGCAGGCAUCCGCCAGCUUCAGCUGAUCCUGCUGAAAGUUGCCUUACUCUUGGGGGUUCAGGUUCACAUCAAUGUGCAGUUUAAGGGGCUCGUCCCACCUGCAGCAAAUUCAGAUGGACAAGGUAAGAACGACAAAAGUCCUAAGCCUUUGGAGUCCUUAAGGGCAAUGCACCAAUCCACACCCCUUGUUUCUGCAGGUGAGAAGGUAGCUCAGGACGUCACAGUGAAAAACUGUUUCAUGGAUGAGUUUCUUUUCUGUUCUGCCUCCACUUUCAAAUGUUCAUUUCCCCCUUACUUUGCCAUAGAAGCAAAACCAGAAAGAAACCAAGCCAUCAGACACACCCCGCCAAAAAAUGCUCAUGGUCUCUCACAUCACUCACAACGCAUGGCUCUGAGGCACAUCUUGGUCAAGCUGUUACAUUUUCAUGGGUGUCCUGUUGGCUACGGGUCCCUCCACAAAGGCAAUCCCAUCCCAUCUCCAAAAUUGUGAACAAAUGCAGUUCUGGAGUUUCAGACCAGGACAUUAUGGUGCCCUUAACACAUUCCAAGACAGGAUUGGGUUGCUUUUGAGACAGAGACCUGCAGUUUCUCCUGCUUUGUUCCUGCUUUCUUUAUAAACAUGCAAGUCUGGGGAAGGGUCUGGUGAAUUUGACAGUCUUUGCAGCAGGGAUCCUGAUGAUUCCAUCCUCUGUUAUUACAGUCAGUGGCUGGAGAGCCAUCCUAAAUCCUCCUUCGUGUCUUCUGAACCAGUGUGAAUUUGACGUCCUCAUCUCUGCUGGUGGUGGCAGGUUUGUGCCAGAAGGUAAGCAGCCCUUUAAGACCUCUAGUUAAGGUUGUGGGAGAAUUUUACUUCGGAUUUUUUUUGAUGCUCCAGGUGUCUUAUCAAUAGCUCCUUAGGCCUCUAAUAGCAUCUCUCCUCAACACUGGAGGAAACUUGUGCCUCUGGCCUUGUGAUGAGCAGGUUCCCCCCUUCCUGUGUACUGAGCACCUCCAACAGAUAGAAUAAAGGGCAAAGCUACAAGUUUUCUAGGAACAAACAGGGCAACUCAAUGCAGAUGCAGUCCAGUUUGUAGAUAUGGUGCCUAGCCAAGUGAAAGGCCAAAGCAUUAUUGCAGAUUUUGGGGAUGGUAGACACUUCCCCAAACCUCAGCUUUUAUGACACUCAGAAUUCAGGGGAGCCCUGCUUCCUAUAUUUUUGGUUGUUUGGGGAAAUGUUUGUACAGUAUUAAUAUUUGCCCUGGAAUCUGCAAGUUGAGUGAAGUAGAGUUAACUGAAAUUGCCUCUUUUUGUGUGUGUUUAAAUUGAUAUACUGUUUUCCAUUUUGUCACUUGGGGAGUUGGCCUAGAGACCAUAUGUUUGACACUUAAGGUUUUGGAUUCAGGUAGGUAGCCGUGUUGGUCUGACGCAGUCGAAAUAAAUAAAUAAAAAAUGUCCAGUAGCACCUUAGAGACCAACUAAGUUGGUUCUGGGUAUAAGCUUUCAUGUGCAUGCACACGAAAGCUUUUACCCAGAACCAACUUAGUCGGUCUCUAAGGUGCUACUGGACAUUUUUUCCCCCGACUUAAAGUUUUGCUUUCAUCUGCUCUGCUUCUCCUGAUCUCCCUCAAUACCAAAUCAAGGGCUCCUCAGGAGGGCUUUAGGUGCAUCGGCAAGAGCAGCUGCCCAGCCUACCACAACGCCAACCAUUGAUAAUAGCUUGGGUCAUAAAAAAAUCUGAAAGGCAUCUUGCCUUGGGGCAGGAGAGGAGAUGAAAAGCAAAGGGAGAGGGAACAAUCUCUGUAGACGCUUUGGCACCAGGAAGCUUGCUCUGGUGGCAGCUUUUACUGGGGCUUGCCCAGACCAUUUUCAGAGCUGACCUGCCACUCCACUCCAGCAUUUCCUUGCCCCUCUCCUUUCAUUUCCCACACCUUUAUAGGAGUGCUGCAGUAUUUUUCAAGCCCUACCAACAAUUCCACAAACAGAGAGACCCAAUUCGGCUUUUGUGAAAUGCUCCCAGCAUUUCAGAUCGUAAUAGAUGAGUACAAUUGCCGUCCUGCCAUGGUGCUGAGCUUUCUCUCAACGUUCAAUCAGAAUUCCUCAUGGUGUCACCUUGAGAGCUGGUAAAUACCAUGCAACUCUUCAGAGAUCUUGAUAUUCAAUGGAGCUGGGGCUUGGCAUUUGCUACUCCGCUACUAGAAAUAGAGUGGCUAGUCUGGACACUUUUGGGGUGUUACCAUAUUUCAGAUGAGGGAACAGGCCCCAUGUUCUGUUCUUCUAUCCUUUCCCUAGUUCUUUCACAAACUGCCAACCCCUCCCUUUCCUUCAGGACUAGCGCUGUUUGUGUGUUUAUCUCCAGGCUUUAAGCGGAAGGAGACCCGUGGGAAAUUGGCCAUUGGCAUCACCACCAACUUCGUUAAUCACCACAGCAGGGCUGAGGUGGAGGUGGCCGAGAUCAGCGGAGUGGCUCGCAUCUACAACCAGAAAUUCUUCCAAAAUCUCUACAACAAAACAGGUCUGGGCCAGAUGCUUCUUACCUACAGUUAAUGACACUUUCCCCUUGUGCCUUCAAUAAAAUCUUUGUCAUUCCGUAGUUUGCAGUGAGAGAAAAUGGGGAAGCCCACAUAGCAAAUGGAAAAGGGUCAACCUGUCUCAAAUACCUUUUUGACCAGUCCUGGAUCCUUGCCAUUUUGGAUACAUUUCAAUAGAAGCUGAAUAAAUUAUGUAAAUCUGCUUGUUUGGGUAGUUUAGCAAAUCAGGCUUUCUUGGCAUGGGAUUUUUGGCAGAUAGGAUAUUUGUUUCCUCAAGUGCCAACUAUAUAAAGCUCUGUAAGGACAAAGGAAGAGUUCUGUUGGAUCAAACCAAAGACCUGCUUUGUCAAAAAUCCUGCUUUCUUACAGUGGCCAACCAGAUGCCUUUGGGAAGUCUGCAAACCGAUCAUCAGGGCAACGGCCGGCCUCCCCGACUGUGGUUCCCCAGCAAUUAGUAUUCAGAGACACGCUGCCCUCUGGUCUUGAAAGCAACAUGCAGCUAUCAUGACUAGUAGCUAUUGAUAGCCUUCCAUGAAUUUAAAUCCAUGUAAGCCAUCUUACAUGUUAAUAAUAAUAAUAAUAAUAAUAAUAAUAAUAAUAAAUUUAUUUAUACCCUGCCCAUCUGGCUGGGUUUCCCCAGCCACUCUGGGCGGCUUCCAACAGAACAUUAAAAUACAAUAACUUAUUAAACAUUAAAAGCUUCCCUAAACAGGGCUUCCUUCAGAUGUCUUCUAAAAAUCUGGUAGUACAAAGUACCAUGUUACAUCAGCAGAAGGCAAUGGAAAUUCCCUCCUCUUCUUCCUGCUGUGUGUGUCCUGUGUUCCCCCAAAUCUACACCAGAAUGUUGGGGGAACCCCUGGAACAGAUUUAGGGGCACAGGGGGAGAAGAGGGCAGAAGAACAUUCCUUUGCCCAAGCAGAAGUCCUUGCACUGAUGGAAGCUUUGCGUAGUGCUAGGCUGAAAACAGCCCCCAGCCUUUAACCUUCUGCUUGUGUUUGAACAAUUAUAGGCAUUGACUUGGAAAACAUUGUCUACUAUAAAGACGACACUCAUUACUUCGUCAUGACAGCCAAGAAGCAGAGCCUGCUGAAAAAAGGAGUUAUCUUAAAUGUACGUAUAGAGACUGAAGCUCCUUCAAGUACCAUGUGGGAGGGGAUGGCGACCCCAAACCAUCAUUUGAAUUUACAUGCUUUGGAGGUGAAAGAUCCUGCCAGGCCGAGAGCUGAUUGACACACCCAUAAUCUUGAACUCUGCAACAUUCCAAUAAGAUUUUUUUACUAUUGCUAUGGAAGAUAUCUUGGUCUCCAUUCAUUUCUAGGACAAGUCAGACAUAGAGAGCCUGCUGUCUCCAGAGAAUGUGAACCAAGAAGCUCUUCUUGCUUACGCCAAGGAAGCUGCCAACUUCUCCACCAAUUACCAGCUGCCUGAUUUGCAGUUUGCACUGAACCACCGCAGCCACCCAGAUGUUGACAUGUUCGACUUCACCUGCAUGAGCCGCUCAGACAAUGCAGCUCUGGUGCGUGACUGUAACGGCGCCAAGCUGCUCAUUGGAUUGGUGGGGGACUGCCUGGUGGAGGUAAGUGUCCCCAUAAUGAGACCACAACAAGCAUAUGGACAGAGUCCUUUUCACAGUGGGAGAGUGGGUGUGGUGGUGGUGCAUCUCAACCAUCCUUGAUUGCAGUUCUCAUUCACUUAUCUGUCCAUAUGAACUGACCUACUUGUUCAGAAAAAUCACAUGGCACACUGCCUUGAAAUUGUACUGGUUCAGUGGGGAGCAGGUGGUGCUGUGGUCUAAACCACUGAGCCUCUUGGGCUUGCUGAUCUGAAGGUUGGCUGUUUGAAUCCAUGCAAUGGGGUGAGCUCCCGUUGCUCUGUCCCAGCUCCUGCCAACCUAGCAAUUCAAAAGCACACCAGUGAAAGUAGAUAAAUAGGUACCACUGCAGCGGGAAGGUAAACGGCGUUUCCGUGCACUCUGGUUUCUGUCAUGGUGUUCCGUUGCGCCAGAAGCGGUUUAGUGAUGCCGGCCACAUGAGCCAGAAAGCUGUCUGUGGACAAAUGCCGACUCCCUUGCUCUGAAAGCAAAAUGAGCACUGCAACCUCAUAGUUGCCUUUGACUGGACUUAACCGUCCGGGGGUCCUUUGCCUCAUGCUGUUUUUUUUAUUAUUAUUUCUGGUUCAGAACUGGAGAGGGUUUUCGUUAAAAGCUUCCUCAUCUUAAAAAAUUGCUGUCAGUUGGGAAAUGUAGGUUUAAACAAUUUGUGUGAAGUUUGUUGUAACUGCGUUACAUGGGAGCUUUACUUUGGGAUUUUUCUGACACUGGCUAAGCUUUCAUUCCCAUUGAUUUCUAUGAGUGUUUAUAAACUUGCAUUACAGUAAAUAAUGCUGUACUGAUUAGAAAAAAAAAACACUUUCCUCUUCCAUGCGUUGUGAUGGGAACCGUUGCAGAAAAUGUGUUGAAAGCUGAAAUGUUCUUUAAAGGAUGGGAGUUAAGCAACCUGCUAUCUUGUUUUAAAUCUGCAUGUUUCUCAGACAGACUGUCUUUCACCUGGACUUAGCAGGGAGCCAUGUUACUUGACUAUCUGGGCUUGAAGGCAAAUCCGCUCCUGGAUUUUGUGAGGCCAGAGGCUAACCUUUGGCUGGGGACCAUAUGCAUUGGGUUUUUUGUUUGUUUGUUUUUGUUUUUUAAAUAACCCUGCCCUUCUGUUUGUCUAGCUUGGAGGGCUCAUCCAACAUCUGGGAAACCUGCUGUCUCUGAUCUAGCACUUUAUCCUUUGCACUAAUUCACUUCACUAUGCAGCCCCCUUUAUCUGGCAAAACAGAGCUAGCCAGCUGACACUUGGUGUGAGUGGGGAGUGGGCCCCCAUUUAAUGCAAACGUUUGCCAAAACAACAUGCAGCACACAGAGCGGCUGCUGUGAAUUAACCAUGACUGCCAGAAUCACUCUGGAAUCCCAAUUUCCUGCUGCGUUUUUGAUGCAGCUGAGCUGUUGGCCAACGUCUGCUAUAUCUCAUUGACUCAUUUUGCUAAGAGACCCCAAAACAUCUCUUUGUUCUUUCUCUCUCUUUUUGUUUCCCAGCCAUUCUGGCCUUUGGGCACUGGUGUGGGCAGAGGGUUCCUGGCAGCUUUCGAUGCUGCCUGGAUGGUGAAAAGAUGGGCCUCGGGGAUGCCCCCUUUGGAUGUGCUGGCUGAGAGGUGAGCACUCUGAGAAGGGGCAUUCUCUGCCCACAGUGAUGGUGGGGUGACUGGCGAUGGUGGUGGUAUCUUGAGGUCUAUAGAUGUUCCAGGUUAUGCGUUCAAUGUAGGGAGGAGAGAUAUUGAUACAGUGAGCCAGGACUGCCUAUUUUGUCUAGAAGUAGUGCUUCAGAGUCUUGGGCAGUUUUCUGAACCAUACAUAGACAGUCUUGUCUUCUGCUUCAUGCUCUCUUGUUCAGUCUUUUAAGCCCUAGCCUGGUAGCCAUAAGACACCAGGAACUUCACACAGGCAAGUGAGUGAGCUGGUGGAGCCCCUUUCUGUUCUGCUGCCCAACCUCAGGAAGUUCCCAGCAUCAUCUAGGAGACUGCAGGGCUGUGAGUAACUGACCUGGAGCAUGGAAUGGGGAACAGGAAUGGGUGUAACUGUCUGAUGUAGUGGGAACCUGAGAGCGCAGGAGAACUUGUUGAUGCUGCUCAUGCCACAGACCCAGGCAAGGGGUGAGGAGGGACUGCUGUGAAGAUGAGAAGGGUGAGAGCAUGUCGAUCUUCCUCUUUUGCCUGAAGGCUCCUGAAUGCUGUGAGUGCCAUGUACACAAUGUAUCUUGGUGCUGAGGGACUAAGAGGGGGACAUUCCUGCUUAAUCUCCAUGCAGGGAGAGCAUAUAUCAGCAGCUGUCGCAGACCUCACCUGACAACACCAACAAGAACAUCAGUCAGUACAGCAUUGAUCCUACCACGCGGUACCCAAACAUCAACCUCCAAGCCAUCAAGGCCUCUCAGGUAUCGCUAUACAUAUAGGGUGGUGGUGAAGAACACAAUAUCUCCUCCUUUUCCUUGUCAGUUUUCUGAUGAUUCUCUUUGCCUCAUGCACUCUUCUUUGCAGCUUUUAAACACUGGCACCAUGCCACGUCCCUGAGCCAUGUUCCGAAAGUAACAGAAAUGUAUAAGAGCGCUGGCAUUCGCCGCAAUAGGGCUUGGAGAAAAGACUCCCUUGCAAGACGUCCUUUUGUGCUGUUCUGGCACUGAAGGCUGUUCUUUGCUGAGUAAUGGGGUGCGGUGUGUUUUCCAAGCUGGGACGCUAAGGGCCACACAGGAAGCGUUUGGGCAGCUGCAGACCUGGGGGAAUUAGCUGGGUCUUUUUCUGGAUCCAAGCUGUGGUCAGUGAUAGGAUAUAAAUAACGGUGCACCUGCUUCCAGGUUCGUAAUCUGUAUGUGACAGGAGAAAUUGAAAUGGAUAUGAAGAAAGGAAGAAGUCGUGGCAGCCCCGAGAUAGUCAGCAAAGGCAAGUCUGGGUCAUGUUCUCCCCUGGCUACUGGUUGCAAUGGAUCCACCUGAAAACCAGUACCAGACCCCUCCACACUUGUUCAUACUCGCUGUUCUCUCCCUUUAGAUGAAUUGGAUUUCUCUGCAGCAAAGUGCAGAUCCUCCUCUUCUGUUUUUCUACCCAUAUGACCUCUCUGCUUGCUGUUCCUUCCCUAGGACUCUGCUUUACCCCCAAGCAGCAUAUAUCUCGGUCAAUAUUGCUGUCUCUCAGACUGGGAUGUGGAAGAGUGAUCCCAAGCAUUCACUCUAACAGACUGUUCCUGGUUCUCCAUAGACAUGACAAUGUUGCCGAGAUUCUGUGACAAUGAAAGCUGAAUAGGGUGGCUUCUUAUGUAGUAAGAAAAUGAAGCAAUGUGUAUAUAUUUAGUUGUUUUGCGAGUUCCACUUUUGCUAGUUAUGGGCAAGGCACCAAUCUACCUCCUGCCCCCCUGAAGUCCAGUUCUAGUCAUCUCUUCCAGACCCCUGCAGUGUAGGAAUCACAUUGCAUCAGGAAUCCCUGACAGAUGGUCAUCCAACCUCUGUUUUAAAACUUCUACCACCUUCCAAAGUAGUCUGUUCCACUGUUGAACAGUUCUUACCUUCCAGACAUUGCUGACACAUUUUUCAAACUUUCUUUUGUCUCCAUAAAGGCUAGAAAUGUCCUGUUUAGAAAUAAUGAGGCUUGAGAUUCUGGAGAUACUCAGUUCUGCAUGUGCAGAAUCCACACCGCUCUGCACAUAGAUUAAACAUAAAAUUGGGAAAGACAAAAAUUGGGAAAGUUUGGAAUAGGAGACCCACUGCCUGCAGCAUCCCAGACAGAUGUUUGUCUGGCUUUGCUCAAUGGUCUGUAAUUUGCAAAAUAGUCUCUGAAGACAGGUUUUCUUAGCAGAGAGGAAUCAGUGUUAAGGCUGACUACUUUCAAGUGUUCUGGCAUAGUGCAUAGAGUCAACAAGUCAAUGUCAGCAGAUUGUUACUAAUAUAUAGGAGACCUUUUUCUUUCUUUUUUUGCUGGGUUUUAGUUCUCUGAUCUCAGUCCUUUUUGCAAUUCUUUUUCUCCCUCCACCCAUUCUCUGCAGUUCCACUGUGUUCAAAUGUGUUACCCCAGAAGAAAACUGGUUCAAGAUAUUCCUUUGGGGGGGAAAAUUCCUGGGAAUACACCUGAUCCUCAAGCACACAGCAUACACCUUAGUAAUAGAGUAGCAGAAUCCAGUUGUCUUAAUAGGGUUGAGGAAACUUUGGUCUGUUAUAGUCAGCCAGCCAGUUGACUCUGGACUGUAACUUGGUUAGCUUUGUGCAUCAUGGCUGGCUUGUCUUGGGGCUGGUUUGCCUCUUGGUUGGCAAGAAGCCCAGAACUUAGGCCUUGCCGUAUUUUUGCUUCACUGCAGGCAUGCAAGGUCCCCAGGAAAUAGAUGGUCCAAAUCUUUCCACAGUGAAAUACCCUUUUAUUCUGGUGUAAACUUGGGUGUAAAAACUUCUGCCUCCCAACAAACUAACAAUGCUGAAACAUUUCUGCCUACUGCAUAGUUAUCCUCUAUUCAUCUCCCAGGAGGAAAACACACAUUUGUCACAAUCUCUCACUCCCAAACUAUCACUUCUGUGGGGAAAAAUCCCCUGCUGCCCAGUUCUUAAACAAUGGAGAGGGUGUUUAUCUAUUACAAUUUGCUCCAGCUGUAGCAUUUUCCUUUCCAGAUGUCUAUGAAAUAAACUAAAAAUGCCACAGAUCGCUCUGCAUUUCUUGAACGGUUUUUCUGCCUUCUCUUACAUCUGUGUGCAUUUCUCUGUCCCUCUGGCUCUCCCUUCCCUCUUUAAAUUACAGCUCUCUUGUUUCUUCUCUGUGUUUUCUCAUGUUUCCUCCCACACUGUCAUUGUUUUCCAUAGCCCAGUCUGUUCCCCUUGGCCUUGCUCUGCUUAUGGAAUAGCCCUUGUGAUGGUUAGCAAAUAACUAUGUGUUUUGGGAGGUGGGGAGAUAAUGUGACCUGCCCGUUCACUGUCACCCUGGUUAGAAAUGGAGUGCUAGCUACUAGGAAGACUUCUCUGAUUCACUUCCACUCAGCUUUUAGGCUGUGCGUUGAUGGAUUCCAAGCUAAGGAUGUUGUUACAAAUCUAUUGCAUGCUGAUGUGUAAAUCAGCGGUGCAGAUGAUGGCAAUGUGAUUGUUGUGGGUUCCUGUGUGGCAUCAGAGUAGGGUCAGUGGUGCCAGGUUAGUUUUGGAUGGAAGCAAAGUAUACUUUGGUGGUUGUUCUUCCUAUCGCAACAGAGCUGUGGUUUAGGCAAAGCAGUCACAUUUUGUCAGCAUAAAAGCUGCCUGAAGCUCCCUAUUUAGCUGGACUUGGAGUACAGCAGUCUGCCCUAAUCCUAAAGUAGCACAUACACAGUCUCAUCUCUGUUGGUAGCUAUGUGUUAGGCUUUUCCCCUUUUCUGAGCUCUGAUGGAGGAGGAAAAGUUCAGACAAUAAACCCUGAUAUGUUGCCAAACUAGGUACUGUGCAUUACAGAAAUCCUAUUAAUUCCUAUUAAACUGCUGGCCCACAGGCUAAUCUUGGUCUGCCAGGGGGUCCAGUUGGACUCAUGAGGCCAUUUCCCCUCCCAAACCAUGCCCACUUGUCUAUCAUCUGAUGUCACUGGGUGAUGUCACUGGUGGGAGGUGGUUUCAAUCCAGCUGGGUGUUGCUUCACAAGUGUAGCCCAAGCAGGGAAUGGUGAGUGGAGGGUUCAGUCCUGCUGGGUGCUGCUUUGCCAACCCCUUUCCUAUGAGUCACCUUGGCUAUAUGGGUUGGACUGCCCAUCCAUCAAGUCAUCUGAUGCCAUCAUGACAUCAGAAGAUUAGAGUUGGCCCCUUGGGGAGGGGGUGGAAGAAGAUUGGGCCGAAAGAUUCCCAAUCCCUGCUUGUCACUAGGUACAUCUUGGGAACUGGACCAAGUGUCUCUCUUUCAUGUACCCUUAGCUUGGUUUGCUCUUUCUCUCUCCUCUCCAUCAUCCUUCAUCCACCCUUCUCCAGAUUCCAACAGAGCCUAUGAGGAGCUGCUUAGCUGGUGUCAAACUAAUACAGCAAAUUAUCUUGGCAUCAAGGUAGAAGACUUCACAUCCUCCUGGAAAAGUGGCCUGGCCCUGUGUGCCCUCAUACAUCACUUCCGACCAGAUCUUCUGUGAGUGAGCCUUGCCGGAGGGAGGGAAUGCUUGUGGGCACAUUAGAGGCAAACUUUAUAAAGGCAUAACAAUUAGCCAUUGCUGUACCGCUCAGGAAACGCUACUUCAGAGUGAUUAUACUGUCCAUUUGUAGAAAAAAAUAUUUUAAAUUUGUUGUGCAGGUCAACUUAUUCUGUGGCUAAGUGCUUUUUUUUCUAAAUCACACACACAUUCAGCAAACUGUGUAUCCCAAAUGCCUAAAUUAAGGGCUAGUCCAUAUAUGCCUUUAUUUCUUAAUUCUUUAUAACACAGCUGAGAGUGUGAAUGGACUGCAGUGAAAUGUAUUAUAUACAAAGUGAUAUGCAGCGAUUUGCAAGAAGUUUGAUCUGUGGUGGCUCACACACACAUGCAAGUUGCCAUUUGAUGCUGGAAUAGCAGCUGUGUGUGUGAGCCACAGAUCUAGUCAGCCUAGAGAUCUCCAUUACUGACCUGGUGAUUUGCUCCCUUUUUGGGAAGCUCAGCACCUAUCCCCGACCCCGCCUCUAGAAAUCGCCACAUGGUACUGCUGCCUUUGUUGUAAGUGGAACUCUCCUACUCUAUACAGUUCUACUUCAGAAAAGCAGAGCUGAACGCUUCCAUCCUAGUCUUCCUUUGUGUUGGAGGUUCAGAACCAAGGGGAGUCCACUGAGCCUCAGAUGUCAGGGUCAAGUUAGGCCAGGCAUGGGAAGACCUUGUGGCCUGCAGGCAGCUUUUGCCCUGCUGAUCUAGAGAGGUACCAAUUCUCAAGCCUCUUCCCCACAGCAACCAUCCUUUCCUCCUUCCCUCUUACCAGUCACGGCAAAAGAGAGGGUGGCUAUAAAGGCAGAUGUGACUUUAAAAGAUGCCUCUGCUCAUGUUUAUGUUGCCACAGAGCAGGGAUGGGGAACCUCAGGCCCAGGAGCCAAACACAUCUCUCCAGGUCUCUCCUGUGGGACUUCCCCCACAUGACAUCCUUUAUUUUGCACCUCCUUGAGUCCCUAUGCCUGGCUGGGAUGUGUCUUGAGAUCCGAUCAGGCCUCUCACUUACCUGGAUGGAGGAGAGAGAGGGAGGUGCAGGUGUGAAGAAACCAGCUACUAUACAGAUAGAAUUUACACUAAUUGCUCUACCCACUUUUGCUGCUGGUCUCCCUGCCUGCCACUGCCAUGGGACACUCUACCCAGGCUGUGGGAAGGGAGUAUGGUCUUCAGUCUGAAAAAGGUGCCCCGCCCCACCACAAAGCAGUCUCUGCAUGUUUCUCAAUUCCUAGAGGGUGUUUCAGGGGGUUGAUGGCCACAAAGCCACAGACUCCCCAACCUGGGAGUCUGUUGCUUCACAGUCUUGCCUGCCAGAUAGGAUGGCAGCGACAUUUCAUUUGCCUGUUUUUGGUGAUCAAGAGAAGGACAGGGAGUCUUCCUGUCCUUGCAUAGUGAAAUGAGACGGGAGCAAGGUUGUUAAAACAGGGGUGGGAAGAUUGCUGGCUGACAUCCCAUUACUGGAAGCAGUGCUGUGUGUGGUUUUCCUGUUUUGUUUAAAGUAAAACAUAAUUUGUGUGACUGCCUCCUGGUGCCCAGUAACGCACAUGGCAGCCGCUUCACACAAGCCAGCUUGUCAUGAGCUGGGAGUUGUGCUGCUAUCGUUUUUAAAGAAACCGUCACACACUUCACCUUCUGCUUCAGGUGUCUGGUUAAAGUUUCUCUCAGUCUGGGCUAAGUCCUGUCAGUCACCUUGACUUUGUAUCUUCCUUCUCCAGAGACGUCAAUGCACUCAACCAGAACGACCCCAUUGGGAACAACCAGCUGGCCUUAGACGUGGCAGAGCAAGAGCUAGGGAUCCCUCCGGUCCUCUCCAGCACUGAAAUGGCUUCGAUGUCCGAACCUCAGAGGCUUGGCUUGAUCACCUACCUGAGCCAGUUUUAUGAUGCCUUCAAGAACUCUCCAGGUAGAGAAUCCCAAGGAACCCAGUCCUGGGGAUUUUCCUACAAGGAAAGCCUCACAAGGGGAGUGGGGAACCUUGUUUCCAGGCCUCUCUGCCUGGUCCUUGGGGACUCUUCCCAGGUUCAAUUCCAGGUUCAAUCUGCAGCAUCUCCAGGUAGUUCGGGGACCCCUGGAAAGCUGCUGCCACAGUCAUUGUAGACAGUAGAGUACUGAGCUAGACGGACUAGUAUCUGGCAGCUUCCCAAGUUCCUAAACACUGCAUUCUCUCUUCCAGUACCAGAAGAGAAAAGUUCGACGAUUCUGUCGACACGUGGUACCAAGGGAGCGAUCCUCUUCCUCAGCAAGCUUCAGAAAAGUCUCUCUCUCUCACGUAAACGUGCCCUGGUGAGUCUCUCUCCACAGCCAUUGCUAGCCCAUCACCAGACAUUCCCAGCAGUGUGUUUGUUUGUGCCUUAUGUGCUGGCUAGUGGCCCUUUGGCAGCUGGUAUGAUCUCUUCCCAGAUCACUUUAGCUCUCCCCAUUUUCAGAUGUGCCUAGUAAGAAGCACAGGAUGGGGGGCUGGCAGUGGGGGUUACGUUUAUUGCAGGAGCCAAGUGUCUUUGGCCUUCUGUCUUUUCUGCUGCUCCAAAGUCAUAAUUUUCGAUUGCAGGAGAGCUCUGCAGUGGAUGACCAAGCCAAAAAGACCAAGCAAGAGGCUGGGGUAAGUUCUUCCGUCAUUGCACUUAGGGGUUCAUCUGGUACUAGACAAGUUUUAGAGGAUGUCAUAUGUGAUGAUUCCACAUGGAAGGUACUGGCUUGAAAAAAUGAACAUGAAAUCUGCAUGUGGAUCAUAGUAUACCAAACUCCUGUGGUAUUUCACUGCCUGCGGGAAGCUUUAGCCAUCUGCAGUUUCCCAUUGCAUGAAUAUACGGGGGGGGGGGAGGGGAACUCUUUUGAGUGCAGCAUCUUCACACAUUAUGGUUACAUUUUGGGUUUCCUGUGAAUUUCUACAUGGAAAUGCCUUUAUUGCAGGAAUCUGGUUAUGUGUGAAGUCAACAUUAGAUAUGUCUGGGUCCGGACUAGUGAUGGGAAUGGAAAUUCAUUGCUUCUGAAAAUUCAUUGCUUCUGAAAAAUUCCAUUUUUUAAUCCAGUGUGUAUUUCAGGGAGUUUCAUUUAAGGAAACUCCAUAACCCUCCUUAUUUGAGUCAUUGCUAUUGACUCUGUAGAUUUUCUGACCUUUUAACACAUGAUGGGAAAUCUAGUGCAUGCAGUUUAUUGACUGCAACUGCCAGACGAGUAAUAUAACUUUAAGACUGCAGUUCAAAGACUGAUCCCAAGGGUCAAAUUCCACCUGUGAAAAUUGGAACUCAAAUGUCAUUUGGGAAAUCCCACCCUGCCUCAGUUCCAAUUUGAACUUUGCUGUGGCCCACCACAAAUUUAUUUUUAAGUGCUCAAAGAAACAUUGAUUUCCUCCCUUUUCACAAAAAAAAGUUGCACCAGAAUUCUGGCUGGUAGGAUACACUGGAGGCAAAUAACAGUUGCGAGGAGGUUGGAUGCUGCCUAUGAAGGCUGACCACUUGCCCACACUCAGGGCGGCUGCUAAAUGUUCCUCCCUGUAUCAGGUUGCAGGCUGCUAGCUCUCAUGCAUAAGCCAAGCUGAAACAGCUGUUAGGCCUGGAAGAAGCCAGAUGUCACUGGGCAAAAAACGAAGAUUGUUAUUGCAUUCAUCUGCUGCAGUUACAUGCUGGCAGAGAGCCUGGCAGCUCUCUUCUCUCGAGACUCAAACCCGCCCUUCCUCUUAUCUGACGGAAAGGAACGACUUGCUGGACCUUGUAGUCAUUGUCUUGUUGAGGCUGUUUUCUUGGAGAAAGACAUUGGAAUGUAACUUGCUGCCUGAUACGUUUAUCUCACUCGGGAUGGAGUGAGGUCAUUGCUAGAUGUCGGAGGCAGAGAGGCCAGAGGGCUGUUACCAUUACCAGGGGUGGGGGACCAGCGGCUCUCCCAGAUGUUGUUGGAUUACAACUCCCAUCAUCCCAGCAGGAGCUCAGGGAUCAUGAGAGUUGUAGUCCAGCAACUUGUGGAUAUUUGUUAAUGUGCCUCAUUGGGUUGAACCAUGUAUUUUGAAACCAAAGCACAAGAUGACUUGGAACGUGUGGUCCUAAAGGUGUGGGUCUUUUGGCAGAGCCCUGUCACCUCCUCAGUGAGGAGCAGCGAUGCCUGCUAUUUCUGCGGAGAUCGUGUGUACAUCCUGGAGCGAGUCAGCGCGGAGGGAUGCUUCUUCCACCGUGGCUGUUUCAAGUGUCACCGCUGCAAGACGACACUGCGGCUGGGGGACUACGCCUUCAAUGAAGAUGACGGUGAGUGGAGUUGAGAAGACGCAGUUGGUUAGCCUGAAUGGCACAGCCGUCAGUGCAGACGGGGGCAUUGUUUGAUUUCUCUGAAAUCCAAACUGGCUGCCUUUCUUUGCAUUGUGUCUCUACUUCCUGCAAGUGCAUAUCAAGAUUCAUUUGCACCAUUUGCUUUUAUUCUCCUAGAGGGAUCUGAAUCUGCUCUGGUAGUCAUGUUUAUUGGCAAGUCAGGUGAAUGCAAGCAACAUACCCUACCUGAUUAUGGCUAUCUUGAUUUUACUCCUAGGUAAUUUCUACUGCAUGCUGCACUGUCCUACCUCAAAGGACAUAACUACACCCAGCAGCACAACCUCUGUCAGAGCAGCACGUAAGGUGAGUGGGAUGGAUGCCUUUUCAGAACUGGAGGCAUUUGGUGCUGACUAGCAAGGCCACUCCCUAGCUGAUAAUUAACCUAGUAACUCUGUCCAGUAGCGUAUUCCAUGUUACUUCCUGUCACGCUCAUGGGCGACAGCCUUGCAACUUGCUUGCUUGGAAAACUGGCUUUUUUGUCUCCCUAGGAUUCCUCCAAACUCUUCAUUCCUUCAGACAAAGGCAUUCUGGACUUGGCUGCUGAGGACAAGAAGAUGGAAAAGGGUCCAUAUCAACCAAGCCUGGAUGAGAACCUGCUGUCUUUCAAAGAUCAGCUGCCAACAGGUCAACCUACAGAACUUCAUAAAUCAGCUGCUGAAGGCCACAGCUUACUCCCAGCCAGAGUAAAUGGAGGCUCUUGUACUAUGAACUCAUCCUGGCAUCCACAUCGUCAACCAUUAGUGGAGGUGGACAAGAAGUUGGGGGACUCUGUUUCUGAGGCUGGUUUAGCUUCAGAGGUUGUAGGUGAAGGCAGAGAUGGAAACAGGGCCAGUCCAAAAAGAGAGAGACUUGAACCAGAAAAUUGGACUGGCAGCCAGUCCCAAGAAGAGACACGUGACAGCCUGGUGACAGGAAUUCAAGGAACUGAUACAGAUCCUUUUCUUUCUGGAAAGGUGCCAACUGCUCAGAGCCCCAAACUAGAACAGAAGGAGUGUGAAAAUCUUCCAAAGAAAAAGAUUUGCUUGUCAGCCCUGGAAAAGCUUGAGUUAUCCCGACUGAGUCCAAUAUCAGCCUCAUUUCACUUUCCAGAUAUGAAAAUAGAAGAACGCAGCUUCAGCACCAUCUCAGAAGGUUGUUUUAUUUAUAUAUCAUAUGCCUUAUCCCCAAAGUUUGGGGCAGACCAUAAACAUGGGAGGAAACCUCAGCAAAACUUGAACAACAUCAGAGCCAUUGAAAUGGCUCCCCCACCUUUGAUUUUAAACCUAAGCGUCAAAGGCCAUGCUCAGCUGUCACCAUGUGCUCUUUCCUGUACAGCUGCAUAUGGCUUCAGGGCUUCCUGAGUAGCAUAUCCAUUUGUGUGUGCUGUGCGAUGUUCAUCCUGCUCACAUGGGAUUCUCCACCGUGCAAUCCCAUAUUAAAACACAUUAUUCUUUGUGACAUUGAACAUUUAGCUUGUUGCUUCUGAAACGGAAGCAUUUGGGAUUUUAGCAGAUCAGAGUUGCCUUCAUUGUGGCCCAGAGAGCUGUUUACUCUGGUCCACUUCCAUGGUAGUGUCUUCUAAUAAACCCUCAUCCUUUAAGAUGAGGUGGUUUAAGUAGGUGGUGGUGGCGGCAUCAGCAGCAUUCUCCACAUUGCCUGCUUAAUCCAACUCACAUAGCUUGCCAGACCCGUUUCUGUUCUUCGACAUGGGAGUUAACCCUCCCAUAUUGUGCUUUCCUGUUAUCUUUCUUAACCUUUGUCCUCUUUCUGGAGACCAUAAAACAGGAAGCACGUGCCCUGUUCUGUUAAUGCUUCAUAAAUGUUUAAGGGCAUCCACUGGCCUCUAUGGAACAGUUUUGUUUUGGGUCUCAGAUCACUGCAGUACUAACUGGUGAUGAGGAAUUUCAUUGUUAGCAGCGUUGGGCCCAGAUUUUGAUUGGUACAGAAGUAAUUCUACCUUCACUGCCCGUAGAAAAGAAGUGAACAUAGCAUCAAUGUGCCUGCUUCCCCACUUCAUUAUAUAAAACCAGUUCUUCUCUUGGAUAUCUCUAGCUAUAAAAUAUAGCUUCACUCCACCCCCAGCUCCCAAAUCACCCUUUAAUUUAUGGCGUCAUUCCAGAAGUCACUGAAAUGAAAUAUUUUUCUCUUGUCCUUUUUUUUUGACAGAUUCUCUGGAGAUUGACAGUGACAGUGAAGAGGAAGAAGAGGAGGAAGAAGCAACGAGCCAAGAUCUUGCAGCAUAUAUUGUGAGUGUAGAAGCCCAAACUUCAAUUCCACCACAGCAGACAAGCACAACUCAAAUCACUUUCAGCACCGUUUUCAGUAACUCAGGAGGGCUGUGUUAUCAUCAUGACAUCCAAACAUAGCAAAACUGGGAUAGCUCAGUUGGUAGAGCAUAAGACUUUUAAUCUCAGUGUCAUGGGUUUGAGCCCUGUGUUGGGCAAGAUUCCUGCUUUGAAGGGGUUGGACUAGAUCACCCUUGUGGUCCUUUCCAACUCUUCAAUUCUCUGCUUUUAACAGCAGGAGAGCAUUUUCUUUCGGUUUUUAACAUAAUCUCUUCAGCAAAUCAUGGGAUUCCUCUCACCACUCUUCUGUUAACUCUACUUCUUUUUCUCUCCCCUCUCCAAAAAAAUUCACUUUUCUCCCUCUCCGUAGCUCCUUUUUUGUUUUUUCUGACUCAACAGGCUCACCUUCUCCCUUCUUUUUCUCUCUCUAGCCUAUUAAUUUUUGUGUUUAUAUUAUUUUUUAAAAAGUCUGCAUCCCAUCAUUUGCUCUUAUCCCCCUAUACUGUCACAAGUUUCUCUGCAUCUGUUAUCCCCCCUUUUCUCUUUCCUUACCCUACAGGUUUCUCUGUACACCCCCAUCUUCGUUCUUCUUUUCUUCCCCAAACCCCUCCCAUUGCCCCAUCUCCUCCAUCUCAAUGGCAACAGGCCACAAGUCUUUCACGCUCCCAGCCAUUCAUAUCAACAAAGGGCGUCUCAGAAGUAGUUGGCCAAGUGGUGUGGCUGGCUGGAAGCUCCAGUAGGCACCUUAUUAUCCAUGGAGCUCCUCCCUAUCCCCAGUUUGGAUGGGUGGUGCUAGGCCCUAAAUUUAUGACACACAUCUGGAAAAGGAUCACAGACGAAUAUUUGGAAUUCCCCCUCAAGGGGGCUGCAAUUGGCUUGGGGGUCUGUAAGAACAGAAGCAGACAUCUGUGUUCUGAAAGGAUGACUAACAAGAACCUCACAAAGCCCUGAAGACAACACUCUCCAUUGUGCAUUCUGGGCAUGGUCCUGUCUACACAACAAGUUUUGACUGGAGAGUGAGUCACUCUGUCAAGACUUCUUGCAGCUGCAGGGUAGGCUCUCGAUUUUGCGAUAACAAUUCACUCGUCUUUUCCCCAGUGAUGUCAUACCAAGCACCUUGGGCUUAUGUAUUUAUUUUUGUACCUUCUUGUAACGGGGCUGGGUCACUGUCUAGCCCUAAACUGUGGCUGCAGUUUAGAUGGUGGACAGCGGCUUUUAAAAACAUCUCAUUUGAUUCUUGUUUGUGUGUUGUGGCUGCAGCAUUUCCUGAGCUUCACUGAAGAACCUCAGUAUCCAACGUGGAAGAAGACACUGAUGCGACGAGCCAAAGAGGCACAAAUGAAAAGGUUUUGCAAAGCGCAGGUAAUACUUGCAUGCUCCGCUGGUGGACGGGCACUGAUAUGUUUACAGGGAUCGUCCCAGUGAGGAAUGGGGCUGCAAAAAUUAAGGGUGGAAGCUUCAGAUACCUUGCAGCCUGCUAUUUCACAUCUCAGGCCCCGAGGCUGUUAGGUGUCUCUAGAGAUUCUCCCUGUUAUUAUAAACAGCUGCACGCUUUAUGUGGUGAAUGUUUGCUUGCAUAUAUCCAAGCUUUACAACCAUUUCCCAGAGAAAAUUCAUUGUGUAGACAUCCAGCUGUUCCAGGAAGGGUUUCCAGUGCAGGAAUGCUUAAAGAUUCACUAGGGGUAGGGAAUCACCCUUGUUGUGUUUGCUGCAUAAAAUGGGGAGCUGCCCUAUACCAGGACUAAUGAUGUGUGACAUUGUUGACCUGUAUAAAAAGUAUUAUUUAAUGGACUUCCAAUCUGCCCUUUAGGAUAUAUAUAUAUAUAUAUAUAUAUAUAUAUAUACCCUUCCAAGCUGGAUUGUAACAAAUGAACGAAAGACUAAAAAACAGUGUUCACUUCUAAUGUGAAAUAGCCCAUUUCCACUGGCUUGAUAGUACCAGUUCCUGGCUUUAGUAUCACCCAUGCACCACAUAUUUUCUCCACUUUGGAGCCCUCUUCCUGUUAAUUUAGAUGUAAACUCUCACUUAGCUUCCCCCACUUUUCCUCUUGUACCCUAGUUGCUCCCACUGUUAAUGCCCCACCCCAUAUAAGUAGGUUAGGCUUCCUGAAACUGGAAUGUGAUGCACUUCAGAACAUUGGGAGGAUAACUCCCAUGAGCCCAAGCGCCAGAAGAUUGUGCCAGGUUCUUAAUUAAUUUUUAUACUAUUUCACUGGUUUUUAUGUUGUAUUUUUUCAUACCGCUUAGAGAUGUUAAAAUAGGGUCGCAGUUUAGAAAUGCUUUUAAAUAAUAAAACAUCUCAAGCAGACCUGCUUCUGGAAGGCUGUAUAUAACUACUGUGUACAGUAUAUAUACAGUUGAAGCUCACAGGUGCAGGAUGUUUGGGUUACGUGGAAAUGGUGUGCUGCUUCCUGUGCCGAAACACCUUCUGUGUGAAGCCCUAGGUUGACUAUUUUGCUCAUUCAACUAAUGGUAUAAAGUAUUUCAAAAUUUAAUUUAUAGAACUAUAUGAGCGUGAUGCGGGCUGGUGAUAGUUAUAAAUCCUUUGUGAGUUAUUUCACAACAGUUGAUAGGUUCUAAACUGUUGCAAAUGGUACGCACAUAUAAAGUUAAUGGCAGAAAUAUUCAAGAGACUGUAAAAUGACUCAAUUACACUUAUAGUCUUAAGUAGCCUGUACAUCCACAGUUUCAGGUGCCGGAGGGAUUGGAUCAUGCCCUUAGAUUUUUAAUGAUGUAACACACGGGCAUUUUUUGCUUCAUAGACAAUCAUAAGCACUGCCAGGUUUUGCCAAAAAUGUACUACUACCCUAUAAGAGUUUCUGCUAGCUAUUCUGGGAAGCUAUCCACCCGUGCUUGGGUUCCUCUUCCUUACACUUUGAAAUGCUUUCUUCAUUUGACCAACUCUUUAUUGCUUGGGCAUUCCAGUCAAUCCAGAGGAGGCUGGAAGAGAUUGAAGUGACUUUCCGAGAGCUUGAACAACAGGGCAUAGAGCUGGAGCGAUCUCUGCGGGAAGAGAGAGGUAAGAGCCUGGGCUUCCGCCAAGAGAGAUGGGGGUGAGGCUGCAGCCUAUGGAUAAUACAUGCAAUGGCAGCUGUACUCCUGGGAUAACUUCUUCCCUCCUUUAUCCUCCAGGAACAGAUGCUGAACUAAAACAAUGGAUGAACCAGCUGCUUUCCCUGGUCCAAAAGAAGAACAGCCUGAUGUGCGAGGAGUCUGACCUCAUGAUUGCGUAAGAGACCAUGCCUCUCAUAGUUUUGAGACCUGGUACUCAUGUCAGUUCUCAUCACAGGGGAGUUGGCACAGCACUGCUCCUUCCUGUACUAUCACAUGUAGUGCUCAGUUUUUCUUGAUACCCCAGUGGCAUUCUUCUGGUUCCUGCGCUACCUUGAAUGCCGUUAACAACCCAACCUAGUUCAUAUUCAGAGUGCUGGAAGAUGGUGUGUCACACAGACAGCAUGAAUAGAACUACUGUGCCAGUCAAGGGUGGGGAAGGGAGGUGAAGGGGUUUAGAGUUGCUCUUGGACUUACUAGCAGAUCUUAGUCCCCUAAGCCAUUUUAAAAAGUCGUUUUUGUCCCCUUUCCUUGCUUGGUUUUAAACAGCUAGCUCAUUUGAAACAAAACACAUACAGCUGGCAGAAUGUGUCAUACGCCAGCCUUUCAUUGGACUACAGCUCCCAUCAUCCCUGUCCACUGGCCACAUGAGCUGGGACUGAUGGGAGCUUGAGUCCAGCAACAUCUGGGAGGCUGAUGCAGACCAGCAGUGGGAAUUCUGAGAAUGAACCCAUGCAAAGUUGGCACUGGACCAGACCUUAUGUUGAAAGUCUGCCAUGUGUAUAUAGAAGAACUACUCCCCUGGUAAUGUUCUGUAGAUAGAAAGGCCUCUGUAAACUGCAGAAGUAUUGGCUAUCUCAGGGACAACAGGACCUUUCCCUGGGAAGCUCCAGUUAGACAAGGCAGACAUGCCUUAUUCAUUACUACUUUAACUCCUGCCCAAUAGUCUGUUCUUAAUGAGGCUUAAAGUAGAUGGAUAUUUGAGCUGACAGUAUACAGAGGACUGUUACUAACAAAGGGAGAAUCAAUUGGAAGACUUCUCAAGAGUGGAUCUUGUAUACCAUCAUGAGCUUCUCAAUUAUAAAUGACCAAAGUUCUCAGUUGUUAUUUUUUACCCCAUAGGGUUUGUAGAGAUAGACUAUGGAAAAAAUUAUAUGAAACGGACAUUGACAGACGACUUUUAAAAAUUCUCAGAGAGUUACAUACAGACAUUACAGUCAAAAUCAGAACUGGGCCAUCGGGAACUCUUACGGACCCACUGCCAUUGGGAAAGGGGUCAAACAGGGAUGCCUGCUAGCCCCAUUUCUUUUCAACUUUUAUAUAAACGACAUUGUCCAGUACAUGGCAAAGUACAAGUCAUCGGCUCCAGCCCUUGAAGGUAAACGCCUGAAUAUUUUGCUAUAUGCCGAUGACAUGGUUUUAAUGGCACUCACCCGAAGAGGCUUACGCAGCAUGCUGGAGGGGAUCGCAGCCUACUGUUCCCAUAAUUCACUAAAGAUAAACCAUGAUAAAACAAAAAUUGUGGUGUUUACUAGAGCUCGACACACCUUUAGAUGGUCUUUAGAUGAACAAGUGAUUGAACAGUGCCCUUUUUUUAAAUACCUGGGUGUUACAUUCCAGGCCACAUCUAGCUGGCUAGCCCACUUUAAGGCUGUAACCAUCCUAACACGAAGAACAAUUGGUGUUUUGCUUAGUUUCUUCCAUACCAGGGGAGGACAAUUGGUGAUCCCGGCAUUAAGAGCUUCGUUGGGAAAGCUAUUCCCCAGAUGUUAUAUGGGAUAGAACUCUGGGGGUGGAACCAGAGGCUGUUGGAACGGCUUGAAAUUUUGCAAAACUACUAUCUCAAGAAGAUUCUAGGCCUCCUCAAGGAACCCCAGCAGCCUUCUUGAGGGUGGAGGUUGGUUUACCCUCUGUGUCUGCCAGGGCCCACCUAAGAUUCCUACGAUUUUACAUCAACCUUGCAAACUCUUCAAACACCUUAUUGGCCAAACAAGCCUUCGUAUCUUUUCAAAAGAAUACCACUUGGCGCCAAAACUUAUCUGAGAUCCUGGUUAGAUACACCCUACCGGAGUUUAAUCUCCUCAAUCGGUGGAGCCCGGACAAAGUCCGGAAAUGGAUCCUGGAGAGAGACGCUCUGUUAGAUACCACAAAAAUACAGAUCCCAGGGUCCUCCCACUGGCUUCCCCGACUGAAAGCAGUCAAAAUCUGCGCCAACUACUUGGAGAAUAUCACCAAUCCCACUCUUCGGAGAGCCUUUACUAUGGCCCGUUUUCAAACCAUUCCUACGGCCUAUCUGUCAGGCAGAUAUGCAAAAAUCCCAGUAGAGCAGCGGAUAUGUCCUUGUUAUAUGAGAACCAAAGAGGAUCUCAUACAUUACAUGUUGUAUUGUCCCAUCUAUUCGGCCUUCAGGGAUGCGAUGUUACAAACUAUACCUAAAUCAAUAGUCAACCCUGAGGACCAAGUAAAGUUUUUACUGGUAGACGCUGAUCCACGGAUUUCUCACGUGGUAGCGGUCUUUGUGGUGAAGGCUAUGAAAACUAGGAUAUGGUUCCUGGAUGAAAUGGUGAGGUCCCUCCCAUUGCUCUCCUAACCUGUUGCUGAACCUUCUUCCUUGAAUGGUGGGGUUUUUUGGGUAGUUUCCUUGCUGGGACAACAUAGCAUGAAUUUUAGCUUACUUUUAUAAUCUUUUUGGUUUAUCUUUUAAUAAUGUUUUAUGGUAUUUUGUGUAAAGGCAUGGACCUCACAAAUUUAAUAAAUUUGUUGUUGUUGUUGUUGUACCCCAUAGGGUGCAAGAGCUGAAACUAGAGGAACAGCAGUGCCAACUGGAUCAUGAGCUGCGCCAAUACGAUAAUAUGGAUGGUAAGAGAGAGUAUAAGGGGUCCAGAUUUAUACUAGGAAAUGCAGAGAAACCCAAAAAAUGCUUGCCAAGCUAAGUGGGAGCAUAUUUUUAUUCAUUCACAGAAUUGAUUACUGUAAAUCAAUUGACUGAAUGAGGGGAGGAAAAGGUCACUUAGGAUGGAUACACGAAUCAGAAGCUUGCUACCCUGCUAUUUACUAUAUCUGAUUCUCUUGGGCUUUAAGCUAGUUGGCAAAGGAACCCAAGUCUCUUGCAUCAAGCAGAAUUGUUUUAUGCACUCAGUUAUGCCUGCUGUAUUCUAGUUAGAGCCCGUUAGCCAAGUUAAUGAACUCUGGCAUCUUAUAUGUACCUGCUUCUAAUGGAAAACCUGCAUACCAUUGCAGAAAGCAGUGCAUGCGAUUCCUGCCCACCCCCUGCUAACUUAGCAUGGAUUAAUUAUUCAAACUUUGAACCAGCUCCUUUGUUCUCAUGAUCUGUUGUUAGGGUUAGAUAUUUUCAUUGUGUGUAUAGAAUGUUUCUAAAUACGCACUGGUGAUGGAGAAGACGGGGUAUGUGGAUUAAUUUGUCCUAAACAGAAUGCAAUUCUGGGAAUGUCAUAAUGGAGACAAGCUGUCUGCCUGAUUUCACUUAACUGCUGAGAAGAAUUAAAUAUACAGACGCUAAACAGAGAUUUCAUUCACAGCAGGGGUGGGGAGCCUGUGACUCUCCAGAUUGUUGGGACUACAAUUCCUGGCCAAUGGGCAGAGAUAAUUUGAGAUGCAGUCAUGUAAUAUCUGGAUGACCGCAGGCUCCCUGUUUUCUAUGCCAUAAUAGUGACUGACUUGGAGCCGCAUUUUUUGUGUGUGUUUCUUAAAGAAACUUCAAAAACCCUAGAAGACCAGCUGAAAGAGAAGGAGAUCCUGUCCCAGUUGCUGGAGGUGGUGAACCAGCGCAGUGCCCUAAUUGAGAUGCAGGAGGAGAAGCGUCUAAGUGAGCUUUACGAGCACGCACCAGCAUUUGGGGACCGUGGGAAGAUUUGAGAGUUGGCUGUAUUGAAGCUUUUGUCUUCGUGCAAAAGCUACAUUUUAACACAAAUUCCGUUUUAACAUGUAUCUGCAGAGGACUGGUUGAUCUUCAGCAAAGAUCUGUCCGAGGCACCCCAGGAAUAAUGAAGGCCAAGGGGCUGGCUGCAGCUCUGUGCUGUAAGCAUCAGGCACUUCAGGGAGUUUGUUCAUUAGCAGCCUAGGUCCGCUGCCUGGGAUUGAGUCCCUUGCCCCCCCGCCCCCCUGCCCUGCAGAUUAGUGUUUGGUAGCUGCUAUUAGGUGUAAGGAGAACAAGCCUGACCUUGAUGCGAGUGUUUUUAAGUAGUAAGACUGGAAAUAUGGCCGUUUUUUAUUUUAUUCUUUUUGCCAAUAAGUGAUUUCAUUAUAGUGUGUCUUAAGAUUGUCCUCCAAAUUCUUCUUUACACUGGCUACAGGGAGACAAUAUUGCACAUGUAACUAUCUAUAGCUGCCUGCAUUCUCCCCUAUGGAAAAGGCCUCACUUACCAGGACAGCUCCUCUUUCAUGCCACUUCAGGCAGCUGCAAUGUUUGCCACUUGGGUAGUAGGGGGCUGCUGCUGUGCAAGUGAGCAUUUCUGCCUUCACCCAAGCUCCAGCGGGGCAAUAUUACUUGCACCUCCCACUCCCAAACUAGCAUGAGAUAUUUGGAGGGGCAUAAAUGCUAAAUAAUUUAAUAUAUAAACCAGGUGUAGGGAACCUGUGCCCCCCCACCCAGUGUUGUUGGGACUACAACUCCUAUAAUCCCUGAUCAUUGGCUGGAUCUGAAGGGAGUUGGGAGUCCCAACAACAACAGCAAGGCCUUUCUAAUAUAAACAGUUUACAGGGUAUUACUAGGGAGGGGGCACAGACCUGUCAGUUGAAUGAGCAAGGCUGCAUGCAGCCUGCCAGGAAUUAUAAUAAAAAGCAGCACGGCCCCUGGAGAAGUGUGAUCCUGUCACACAGUAUCUGGUUAGGCAUCUUUGCCCCUCACACUCUACUUACAUGUGUAAUGGAUUGCCAGCUAUAAAACCACACAGGUGUGGUCUGAAUAUAGUAUCUCAAAGCAAUAAAAGAACAGCCACUAGAGAAGAAUUAGGGGCGCUUUUUCAUCACCACAAACUGCUCCUGCAGCAAGCCCCUUUACAGAACAAGGGUCAGACCUCUGCGGCUGAGGAGAUGGCUACCUGUUAGAACCAGAAGGUUGCCAUGCCUGAACUGCUGUUAAGCCACAGCUCUUUUUACGGGCUGUGUGCUCCUCUUUCAAUAAAGAUGCAUGGAGUGAGCUGGAAGUGUUGUCCUGCCUUUUCUCACCCAAGCUAAUUUAACACAAGAAAAAAAAAUAUCCCACAGGUAUCUUCUGAAGUUUUCUUGGGCUCUACUAAACUUUUUGAGAAGACAACUGUGAUCCCUGCCUUUCUCUCACUAAAUGAGAACAGCAUGGAAGGGCACAUAAUGAAAGAUACGCAGGUAAUGUGCCCAGAUGGGAGAAACCUCAAUGAAAGCUGCUCUGAACCCUUUGAGGAAGAGUAGGCUACCGGUUAAGCUUGUUAAACAAAUACUCACAUGCAUCAAAAAGAUGCUGUUCUAGGCUGGACAUGAUUACCUACAUGCUUUCACAGACCUGUCUGCUAUCUGGGCUAUUUGCAUGCAGCCUCUCACAAUGUUCUCAAUGUAACCGUGGUUGACAACUACGUCUUCAGUAACACACCAAACACAUUUCUGCCUGCUAGAUGAGAAGUACUUUUUGUCAGCUUGGCACAAUGAAGAGGGGCAUGGGAUGGUAGGAUGGGGGUUAUCCAUGGUAAGAAAAAUAUAUCUACAUACCAAAGGUAGGAUUCCUGGUCUCAAUUGCAUAUAGGUCUCCAUUUCUCCCAAGAUGUUUUAAGGCGCUAAAAGGGUGAAAUUCAGCCUGAAGACUGCUAAUCCCAGCUCUACAGGUUACCGCUGGUGUCAAAGGAGGGCUUUUCCAACAGAAGAAGAGUAUUUAAGAGAUUUUUUAAAAGACUCAACAAUUACAUAAUAGGCUACUAAGAACUGUGCUGAAGGCUAGCUCCUUAGCUGAGAGCCAAAAAUGCUCAGUGGCGUAACAUGUCUUUUGCAUGCAGGUCACAGGCUGAGACUGGCAUCUGCAGAUUCCCAGGAUCUUAGGCAAGGCAGCUGGGAAAAUGCCCCCUGCCUGAGACCCUGGAGGCCUGCAUGGUUUAAUGGUUUGACUUGUUAGGAAGCAGCCACACCAGCCUUAAGCUUGCUGGCUGGACUGCGGCAAGCCCUUUAGCAUCACUCCCCCACCCUACUCCAAAGAAAUGCAAACAACAGUGAUCUACUUCACAAGAGCUGCAGGAAGUAUGAUGUCAGUGAAAGGAUUUUGGUACAUUCAAGUGCUAAGCAAGCAAUUAAUAAAAAGGGUUUCAAGGAAAAGAAUUUCACCAGUAAAUGCUACUUUCUGCUCUGUUGUAUUUGAAGACUGAUUUAUUCUGUUUUCAAUUCAAAAAGGAACUUUGUAUAAACUAGAAACGCUAUACACAUUUUAACUCGUCUGCUUAACACCAGGCUUUUACAGUACUAAUUCAGCCACCCGACUCGGUCGGAACAGCAUGGUUUGGUUUGAUAAAUGCUGGUUUCUAAACAGCCACAGCUGAACCGCAUGCACUUGAACUGCUUUCGUUUCAAAAUUCCCUUCUGCACAAAUCGUACUUGUGCUAGAAUCCCUUCAGCAGAAGGUCGGAACUAUUCGUAGAAAGUUUUAUUGCCCUAGAAUUAAGCUAAAAAUAAUAAUAAAAAACUUCUACGGCAAUUGCUGCCACGUGCUUAAAAAACGGCUAACCCUUAGAACCUGGCGGCACAGAGGAACUUACGGCUCCCGGAAAAGCUUUCAGCAUAGUCUCUUGGUCCCUGUUGGAGUUCCAGCAAGCGACAGGCCUCACCGAGAGCUCAGCUUGUCCUGGAGUGUCUGCAGCCCCACCCGCAUCUGCUCCUCUGUCCCCUGGAGCACCUUGACCUCGAUGGUGUGGAAGAGGUAGAGCACAGCCGAGAUGAGCAACACCAGCACCCCCAGCAGGCUGAGCAGCGAGAAGGAGAACUUGGGGAAGGGCUGCAGGAGGGCUUCGCCAAACAUGGAGCUCAGCCCCAUGGUCGCCUGCAUGAGCAGCAGCAGCAUGGCCAGGACGGCCAUACGGCCGCAGGAGUACUGCUGCCGCUCGGCCGCGUGCAGCCCUACCCGCACUUCCAUACGGGCCUCGUUCAAGACGUCCACCAGCACCGGUUCUAGGAAGACAGACGGCAGCAGGACUCAACCACAAUGCACGUUGAGGCAGUAAAAGUCCCAACACGUUUGUGUCCAAGCCCACUCAGUGGUCUGCAGAGGCAGGCCAAGACUGCUACUUUAUGCAGAGAUACUGGCUUCUUGACUAUGGUAGUGCAUG